AUGGAGAAUAACGGCAUGGAUACGCAUCAUGUUGGAAUCAAUCAUGAAUACGAGCUGGAGGGCCGGCCGCGAUCAUGCACCUGGCCGCUGCCGCCGUGUCCUGAGGAUUUCCCUCGGGGAGUGGAUGAAGUAAAUCGAGGUCUGCCCCUGGCGUCUGUCAAACUGGAGCAGCUUCAGUACAACGUGCCGGCAUGCGGCGGCGGAGCAUCCGAGGGAAGAGGUGGCGCACCCGUGGAGCUCAAACAUCCAGCCGGCGCACCGGUCCCUAUAGCACCCGGCGCUCCUACAUGCAUGUCCGGGGCUGCCCUCGACGUGCCCGGCCAGCUGCGCAAAGCCAAGUCGUCCCGGAGGAACGCGUGGGGAAACCAGUCGUACGCGGACCUCAUCACGCGUGCCAUUGAGAGUGUACCGGAGAAGAGACUCACUCUGUCGCAGGUUUACGAUUGGAUGGUGCGCUUUGUCCCUUAUUUCAAGGAUAAAGGUGACAGCAAUAGUUCAGCUGGAUGGAAGGUACAGUAACAUUGCCUACUUGAAAUUCAUAAUAAUUAGCCUCUAUAUAUAUGGUGAUUGUGUGUGUUGAUAGGGGGUAGCCUAUAGGCCUGUGCCACUGUCUUUCCAUAAAAUACAUUUUAGACUUUGAUCACUUAAUUUGGGUUGUGUAUCUUAACUACAGACGGUUGCUCAGUCUCCAGCCAUAAUAAUUGAUGGCUCUCAACUGAUGGUUAAAGCAAAUGACUUGUUUCUAACGAUUUCUGGCUUUCGCAUUUCCCCACAUUCACCACUGCUACUCUCCACGAUGCAGUCAGUCAUGACCAAGUUUACAUGCACACAAUAUUCCGGAUAGUUGCUCAUAUCCCGCUUAAGGUCUUAUUCGGGAUAAGCUGUUUACAUGCACCUUUGAUAUCCCGCUCACAAGUUUCCCUGUAUCCAGUUCAUAUGGGUUAAAUUGAAUAGUAACUGAAAUAUAGACACUAACUGUAGGCCUUUAACCUCUCACAUGUAUAGUAUCAACUCCUGCAGAAUUAUGCAUUUCCUGUUGUAAAAUUAUUCAAGAAAUUUACAUUUUGUCUUGGGAACAGGAGUGGAGAAAUAUGAUUUCUUUCUUUCAGCAUCUCUUGAGAAAAUGCAAAUGCGCAUGUAAUGUGUUAUCUUUGACACUGUUAUGCAAGCAGACAGUAUUUCACCCACAUAAAAUAUGCACCCAGGAUGAACUGAAGUCAUAUCAGAAACGUGUUUAAUCUUUUUCUCAACUUUCAUUUCCAUAAAACCGGUCAAACUGAUGACAUUUGGACAUUUUGCACAGGACCAAUCUUUCCACUGUUUUGGAGUUAUUGCGUUUUCUCCCCGGUCCCUAAACGAAACAGACAAUUUUACCGGUGUUAACUAGAUUACUUAUGUAUUCAUUUUAAGAUUACUUAUGUAUUCAUUUUAUCAAUGUAAGACAUUAUUCUGGUGAGCACUACUUUGUUUAGUCUUCUGGGUCAACAAGUUAUGACAGAAGAGAAGCUGCACGUAGGCCUAUCUAACUAAAGUUGACAAACAAAUGGCCUACCAAAUGUCGGAAAUUAUAAUAUGGCCUACCAAAUGUCGGAAAUUAUAAUAUGGUCUACCAACUGUCGGAAAUUAUAAUAUGGUCUACCAACUGUCGGAAAUUCUAAGCAGAAAGUUGUCUAAAUUAGGGGUGAAUGUAGUCAGUAGGCUAUACGGUCCAGUACAGAGUAUCAGCAAAAUAAAUUAUUCUGGAAUUAUGGUAAUCGAACUGUGCAGGUAGCCUACUUUUUGAAGUGAUUUGUUUGACAAUUAGAUGAAAACAUCACACAACAACCAUGGUAUGCGAAACUGAGCCUGCGCAGACUACGAAAAACAACAGUAAACGGGAUAAGAUAUUUACAUGCCAUAGGAUCCCAUCUAACACCCAGCAUAUCCCAGGCAUCUUAUCCGGGUUUCUCGUAACCGGGAUACAAGGUUUUUCAGGUUAUUGUAAACGGGAUUUGAUGUUUAUAUGCGUAAACUCAAAAACAGAAUACUUGAGAAUCCCGAGUAAAAACGGGAUAUUGGUGUGUAUGUAAACGUGGUGUGUAGAAAGGGGCGGUGAGUUGGGACUGAAAGGGAGGCGGAGAGGGGUUACUGGGUUCAUCCUAUUUGAGUUUACAGCCUAUAGGCUAAACAGAGCAGAGCAGAGCUAAUCAGUACCAAUAUAAACGCCUUGUUUGUGCUAUGGAGGAAAAUACUGUCUGCGCGCUGUGCUAUGACGCAUCCAUGUCAUGAUUGUAUUAUAAGGAGAAUAUCUGAUUGUAGAAGUGACUGAGUGACGACAUGUACGGUUCGAACUCAACCUUGUUUCAUCUGGCGCUCGAGCCAUAUGUAGAGGAGAGUAAUAACGGAUCACGCGGUGCACAGACAGUCAGGAGUCUGUCGCGGUCAGUUCUGUUCCUUGGGUUCAGACCCGCAGCGUCACUCACGAGCCACGCCGCUUGGCUAGUCUGGGUUAACCCUAAACGAGCUAGAGCUACCCCGCCCCCUUCUAUCCAUUACGCGCGUUGUAAGAUUACGCACGGGCUAUGCAAUUUGAUGCUUUUUGUAACAGUUAGAAAAAAAGCACAAUAACGGGAGAUGAUGACAUGAAGUCACUCCAUGAAAAUAGAGAUUAUCCUUUAAAUUCAAAUUAAUAUGGGUUUAAUCUAAUAGACGAGAGUUUGUGUAAUCUUCUUUAGUUUACCGCACAUUUUGUGUGAGGAUUAUAUUGGCACAGUUGUUGUGGAGGGGAUUCUUUGUUCUAUAGGGCCUAUUUGUUCAAGUCAUAUAGGCCUAGUCCUACCUCUCCAAGCCCUACUCCCAUCUAAUGGUUGAAAGACAGAUUUGAAUAUUUGCUCAUAUUUUCCAAAGGGUUUAUCAAGAGGAUCAAUUCUACACAGAUUACACUCACCCAUUUUAUCAGGGCCUUAGACCUUAGGUCAUAUAGUUUAGCUCUGGUUUUCUUUAGGGUUUGUUUUGAGUCAUACACAGAGGUUACACUGUUUAAUACACCCUUCAUCUUCCUGUCACUUUGUUAAGGUUUUCUGGUAAACACUCACACACACACGUUUUCUUAAAUGCCCCUUACCUGGCAUCUCGGUCUCUCAAACAAUAUACGACAAUCAUAACAUUCUGAGAAAGAAAGCGGUAUUAAGAGAAAUAAUGAAUCUCAAUGAAAUCAACAUUUAAUUUAGGUCUAGGUAAGUGCAGGGGAUAGGAGUACUCCAAUCUUUAUGGUUAGGUUUAAAAUGGGAUUUAAGGGGCUUAGUUCUCCAGGCCCUGUGUGUGUGUGUGCUAACCAGGGAUACCUAACUGUAUGCCAGCUCAAAUUCUGCCACAGGGCUUUGUGUGUAACGAGGGCUUUGAUUGGCAGGUUUGGCAGCGAUCUGAUAGGCUGAGAGGGCGAAAACAACUUGAUUCAAUCAUAAUAACAGUGUUAAAAACAGGCACACAUGCACGCACAUGUUGGGUUGUAACAGUGGGCAAUGGGUUUAAUAAGAUCUUAAGCACAGAACAACACACACUUGCACAGAAACAUACACACACAUACAUGUGAAUGGACACACUCACACACACACACACACACACACACACACACACACACACACACACACACACACACACACACACACACACACACACACACACACACACACACACACACACACACACACACACACACACACACACACACACACACACACAUUAUCAUCCACAUCAGUAAAUUGUUGAUGAGAUGAGUAGGAUAAGAUACGUAGAUGGAUGGAUGGAUAAACAGGAGGAUGAUCAGAUCAGAUACAGUGGCAGCUGCCGGUUAUUAAAAGCAGUCUUUAAUACCUGUUGUGAAAUGGGUCAUUCCACCAAUUCUGUGCCUUUUGGGAAGUGUAGCUUGGUCCAAAAAAACAUUUGAUUUCACCUAAUUUUAACAUUCUGUUAUAAAGAGCACAUGUUCACGUUUUCCCAUCUAAAAAAUACUAUAGUAAGUGCCAAAUAAAGUAACAGGGUUGACGAUUUCAUCUUAAAUCAGCCAUAAAUCCUCUUGUGACAGAGGGAAUGGAAUCUUGUUGUCUGCAACAGGGAGUGGUAAUUGAAUGCCAGCUUGUCAAAUAAAAAAUAAAAGCUUUUCUAGCCUGUCUAGAUAUGUUAUGCUCGACCCUCGUAGUUUUCCACCACAAAACACCAGAAAAUGGCCAAAAGAGUAGAACUAGCUCACUUGCUUUAAACACUAGCAUUUGACUAUGAGAUAUUCAAUGUUUCUUUUGAAAAAAUAUUUUAAAAGGAAUAGUUUCAGUUGAGGUGAGGUGUUAUAUACCGUAUACUGUACUGGCCUAUGAGUGUGUACACUCUUAGAAGAAAUGGUUCCAAAAGGAUUCUUCAGCUGUCCCCAUAGGAGAACCCUUUUUGGUUCCAGGUAGAACCUUUUUAGGUUUAAUGUUGAACCCUCUGUGGAAAGGGUUAUACAUGGAACCCAAAGCAGUUCUAUCUGGAACCAAAAAGGGUUCUUCAAAAGGUUCUCCUAUGGGGACAGCCGAAGAACCCUUUUAGGUUCUAGAUAGAAAAAACGGUGCUAAGAGUGUAGGAGGUUGAACCUGCUGGGUGGCUGUGUGUGGUGGUUUAUCAGUCACACUCCUGUGAGGGGGGACCUGGUGGUGUACUGUAUACUGUUUUGUUAUGUACUUGACACUGGUUUCAUACAUGAAGUGGGCCUGUGUGCGUGUGUGUAUGUGUGUGUGCAAGCCAACAAUUGUCUGAGGCAGGCUACACAGACACUGCCAGCCAGGCAAAAAUCUAAUGUUCUCAUCUGAAGUGAUGACUUAGUUACUUUUGACAUGUUGAAAGCUUGAAAGGUACACAGAGCGGGCACGGGAGCAAAUGGCUCAGCUCUGCUGUCAUUCUAAGCAGGAGACAAAGAGAGAGAGAGAGAGAGAGAGAGAGAGAGGGAGAGAGAGGGGGAGAGAGAGCGAGAGGGAGAGAGGGAGACACACAGAGACAUAGAGAUGCAGAGAGACAAAAUGGGAGAGAGAGAGAGACUGAGAGAAAAAGAUGGAGAGAGAAACAGAGAGAGGGAUCUUCAUAGUGGGAGAGAAAGUGGUGGUGGCCCCAGUCCCAGUCCCCAGCUGCUGAACACAUUGAUCGCUAGCAGACUUAACGCCUGACUGUGAUGCUCCAGCCCCUAGCAGAACAGAACAGAGUCGAGGAGAGGCAGAGUAUUGGUGGUUAGCUAGCUAGGGAGAUGGUGAAACCUACGGUGCAGGCUUAAGCCUGAUUCACACUAUAGGGCCUAACCGAGCCAAGCCAAAACAAGCUGUACUGGCCUGGUUACACAUCCACCAUAGUGGCUGGAACCAUGUUGUAAAAAGGACAAUGUGAAAAAGAAAAUAUCACAGCCAGCACAUUACAGUGUUGAUCUAAUGGGUUAGGCAGGCCCUGUAGUGUGAAUGAGGCAUUAGAGAGGUUCCCUGUGCUGUGCCAUCCAGGCUGGUUGGCGUGGGCUCAACAGAAAGCCCUCUGCAUCGCUACUCCGUUAUUGUGAUUAUCACAAAGACACAGCAAAAGGAGAGAGAGCUCUCGAGUUGGCGGGCUUGGCACAGAGUCCACGGCGGGGGAUGGAGGGAUGAAUGGAGAAAUAGAUGGAUGGAUGGAGGAGAGGUGGGGGGUUGUUGUCUAAGAACGGGACUCUAGAGGUCUAUUCUACAGUAAAGCACCAUUUCAUCAGUCUUUUGAAUGGAGGGAAAUAGAUGGAGGGAAAAAGGAGGAGGGAAGAAAAGUGUUGGAAAGGGGGAUGGUGUGUGCGUGUGCGUGUGCUUGUGCACGUGCGUGCAUAUGUGUGUGUGGGCGUGUGUGUCCUUGUGUGUGUGUGUUUAUGUCCCUGUGUGUGUGUGCAUGCUUGUGUGUGUGUGGAUUGCCACUAGUUGUAGACAGUACAGUAUUUCAUUCAGAUGAUCCCUUUGUCCCCUCAGUUGAUUAAGAGUUGAACUAAAAGCUUCAGGACAGUUGGAGUUGGAUAGAGAAAGAAGAACAGUUGGGGGUUUAAUCUGAACUCUCUGAGCCUUUAGAGAUGGAUUGAUUGAUUUCCAGAGACUUUUGAUUGAUUGAGAACUCAAUAUGUUCAAUGUGUUGAUAACAUAUGGCAAAUAAACUUGAAAACUGAAAUGUGAACUUGGUUGUGGAGAAGCAAUGGAAAGCCUGCUUCAUAUGUGCCACUUUUAUCCAAGGAGAUCCCUGCUGGAAUGGAACCCACGACUUUGGCAUUACUAGCACCACGCCCUUACCAACUGAGCCAGAAGGCAUCAGUCUGAAGGUUAGUUCAGGUCAACAGUUCUCUACAGCAGUGGUUCUCAACUGGUUUUGCCUCGGGACCCAAAUUUAACCAGGUUGUCUCAGUCACAACCCAAUAUUUGCAUCGCACAUUUGUUUUGCCAAAAUGCAAUCUGUAAAACUAUUUUUAAUGCUAUAUUGAUAGUAAAUAUGACAAGUUAUAUGACAAGGGUACAACAUUCCCACGUUUUUCAUUGUCAGUAAUUACAUUUUGCCCAUAUUCGUGAUGAAGAAUGGUAAUAAGCUUACUGGUUUGAAACCACAAAAUCAACCAAUAUAUUGAUACUGUGAUUGAAGAAAAAUAGUUCAGAGAUACAAUUGAUUGAAUAACUUUCUACCACUUUCUACCUGGUUUUAGUCGUUUAACUUCAGACUGAGAAUCGCUGCUCUACAGUGAGUCCUCUGUAUAGAAACUGUUUGUGCUCUCGAUGAUCUCAGCGAUCUCACUCGACCCAGAUAGAAUAAGAUGCUGGGCGCCACGAAGUGGAUGUUGAGCAAGCCAUGGAACGGAAAUUCCUCUGUGAAAAUCGACUCCACACACACACACACACACACACACACACACACACACACACACACACACACACACACACACACACACACACACACACACACACACACACACACACACACACACACACACACACACACACACACACACACACACACACACACACACACACACAUACACAAAGGCAUGGUGUCUGUGUGUCGUUAAAUGUGCUGGGUCCAUGCAGCACACACACAGCCUGCCUCUACAUGGGGCUCUCUCAGGGUACAGUUGUUUUUUAAUCAGAAAUGAUUGCUUAUGGGUACCUUCAUGUGUGUGUAAAAUAUUACUAUUAUCCGUUUUUAUAUUCAUAGAUUUUUUUGCAAAACACGCUAUACACUAGGUGUACAAAACAUUAGGAGCACCUUCCUAAUAUUGAGUUACACACCUUUUGCCCUCAGAACAGCCUAAAUUCGUCGGGGCAUGGACUCUACAAGGUGUCGAAAGUGUUCCACAGGGAUGCUGGCCCAUGUUGACUCCAAUGCCUCCCACAGUUGUGUCAAGUUGGCUGGAUGUCCUUUGGGUGGUGGACCAUUCUUGAUACACACGGGAAACUGUUGAGCGUGAAAAACCCAGCAGCGUUGCAGUUCUUGACACACUUAAACUGGUGCGCCUGGCACCUACUCCCAUACCCCGUUCAAAGGCACUUAAAUAUUUUGUCUUGCCCAUUCACCCUCUGAAUGGCACACAUACACAAUCCAUGUCUCAACUGUCUCAAGGCUUAAACAUCCUUCUUUAACCUGUCUCCUCCCCUUCAUCUACACUGAUUGAAGUUAAUUUAACAACUGACAUCAAUAAGGGAUCAUAGCUUUCACCUGGAUUCACCUGGUCAUGGAAAGAGCAGGUGUUCCUAAUGUUUUGUAUAUCCAUUGUUUAGCUGGAAUGGAAUGUUCGUAUCCUGUAUAUUUGACUGUGAUAUGUGUUUGUCUCACCUAGCUAGCUUAAGAUGAAUGCACUAACUGUAUGUCGCUCUGGAUAAGAGCAUCUGCUAAAUGCCUAAAAUGUAAAAUGUUUAUGUUUUACAUACAGAUCUCAUAUUACUGUAUUAUUUAAUUGUAUUUGUUAUUUAUUUUUAGAUAUUGAUGUCACAAAUGUAUCAUUUGUACAGUUGUUUAGUAAAAAUGUAGUAAUUUGUUACAUUUUAAUGUGUAAACCCUAGCAGUACUAGUUAUUUCUCUGAGAGUGAGGCGGAUAUAUAGCAUUUUUGCCAAAUACUUUUUUGCCAUUUUUGCUAAGACUGAUGGGAGGGAAUCAGUAGAGGACAGCAGCACUGUGUGUGUCUGUGUGUGUGUGCGCGCUUGGAUUUGUAUGAUUAAUGCUGCUAGCUAGAGGGAGGUUGGAGGGCUCAGCUCUCCUGGAUGUUGCAGCUGGACUGCCCAGAGGCAUUCUCUCUAGCUACUACAGUACCUUCUGGCUACUAUACCUCUGUCCUGGGGCCACCGUACCGUCCUAACCACUUAACUGACCAAGGAGCGGUUUGACCUCUGACCCUGUUCACAUUAGGAGCUGUUUCUUCCUGCUCUCUAGCUGCUCUUUACCUGCUUCCUACCCAGUCACAUUAUUUAGAAUAUCUGUUGGGUUGUACAUCUAGGUUGCCUCUAGUGUAAGCAGGGUCUCUGUAAGCAGAUACUGUGGUCAAAAUAGAGGAAUCACAAUGCAAUUCAUCCAUUGCUUUGAUGACUGUUGUUUGUUGACAUAUUUCAUAGCAGAUGACAAAAUUGAUUAAUUUCACUUACAAAUACAAUGUUGUGAGAGCAAAAUAAUGGUGGGAUUGUCGAGAAGAAAAACGGACCUCAUUAGCAGAACACUUAACUCUUUUAUGCCAUUAUCAGUCACUCAUCAUGCUAAUUAUUCUCAAUGAAGUAUCCUCAUGUUCAAGUGAUGUUCUGCAUCAGUCAGGAUACUCUCUGUUGUUGUCAGAGUCUACUGUUCAUACUCUCAUUGACUCAUUCCAGGGUUUUAAUGCCACUUUGAUUAGCGGUGAUGGGAGAAAAAAACUCAAUGAUUUUAAUUGUUUAAAUAAAUUAUGUGCUUGUGGUAAAUAGAGAGAAAUGAGUUUGACCCCAGUCGAUGUCACCAUGAUUACAUUUGUUGAAUGUAUUUGACAAAAAAAGCCAAUACUGCAGCCAAUACUACAGCCAAGUACAUGCAGUACAUACUUUAAAAUGUAGUACGAUGCUAACAUGAUGACAGGUGAGGACAGGACAUAGCUCUCCACUAAGCUUAGCCUGAGCUACUGUAUGUAGUUGGUACAUCAGACUCACUGCAGAUCAGAAUGAAAGACCCAUGUUAGCACGUUGGUAUACAUAUUUGUUGUGACGAAGACUGGCAAAUAUCUAAUAAUACCUACAGUGCCUUGCAAAAGUAUUCAUCCCCCUUGGUGUUUUUCCUAUUUUGUUGCAUUACAACCUGUAAUUUAAAUGGAUUUUUAUUUGGAUUUCAUGUAAUGGACAUACACAAAAUUGUCCAAAUUGGUGAAGUGAAAUGAAAAAAAUAACUUGUUUCAAAAAAGUCUAAAAAAUAAAUAACGGAAAGGUGGUGCGUGCAUAUGUAUUCACCCCCUUUGCUGUGAAGCCCCUAAAUAAGAUCUGGUGCAACCAAUUACCUCCAGAAGUCACAUAAUUAGUUAAAUAAAGUCCACCUGUGUGCAAUCUAAGUGUCACAUGAUCUGUCACAUGAUCUCAGUAUAUAUAUACCUGUUCUGAAAGGCCCCAGAGUCUGCAACACCACUAAGCAAGGGGCACCACCAAGCAAGCGGCACCAUGAAGACCAAGGAGCUCUCCAAACAGGUCAGGGACAAAGUUGUAGCUCAGUUGGUAGAGCAUGGUGUUUCCAACGCCAGGGUUGUGGGUUCGAUUCCCACGGGGGGCCAGUAUGAAAAUGUAUGCAAUCACUAAAACUGUAAGUCGCUCUGGAUAAGAGCGUCUGCUAAAUGACUAAAAUCUAAAUCUAAAAUCUAAGUACAGAUCAGGGUUGGGUUAUAAAAAAAGAUCAGAAACUUUGAACAUCCCAUGGAGCACCAUUAAAUCCAUUAUUAAAAAAUUGAAAGAAUAUGGCACCACAACAAACCUGCCAAGAGAGGGCCGCCCACCAAAACUCACGGACCAGGCAAGGAGGGCAUUAAUCAGAGAGGCAACAAAGAGACCAAAGAUAACCCUGAAGGAGCUGCAAAGCUCUACAGCGGAGAUUGGAGUAUCUGUCCAUAGGACCACUUUAAGCCAUACACUCCACAGAGCUGGGCUUUACGGAAGAGUGGCCAGAAAAAAGCCAUUGCUUAAAGAAAAAAAUAAGCAAACACAUUUGGUGUUCGCCAAAAGGCAUGUGGGAGACUCCCCAAACAUAUGGAAGAAGGUACUCUGGUCAGAUGAGACUAAAAUUGACCUUUUUGGCCAUCAAGGAAAACGCUAUGUCUGGCGCAAACCCAACACCUCUCAUCACCCCGAGAACACCAUCCCCACAGUGAAGCAUGGUGGUGGCAGCAUCAUGCUGUGGGAAUGUUUUUCAUCGGCAGGGACUGGGAAACUGGUCAGAAUUGAAGGAAUGAUGGAUGGCGCUAAAUACAGGGAAAUUCUUGAGGGAAACCUGUUUCAAUCUUCCAGAGAUUUGAGACUGGGACAGAGGUUAACCUUCCAGCAGGACAAGGACCCUAAGCAUACUGCUAAAGCAACACUUGAGUGGUUUAAGGGGAAACAUUUAAAUGUCUUGGAAUGGCCUAGUCAAAGCCCAGACCUCAAUCCAAUUGAGAAUCUGUGGUAUGACUUAAAGAUUGCUGUACACCAGCGGAACCCAUCCAACUUGAAGGAGCUGGAGCAGUUUUGCCUUGAAGAACGGGCAAAAAUCCCAGUGGCUAGAUGUGCCAAGCUUAUAGAGACAUACCCCAAGAGACUUGCAGCUGUAAUUGCUGCUAAAGGUGGCUCUACAAAGUAUUGACUUUGGGGGGGGUAAAUAAUUAUGCACGCUCAAGUUUUCUUUUUCGUUUGUUUCACAAGGAAAAAUAUUUUGCAUCUUCAAAAGGGUAGGCAUGUUGUGUAAAUCAAAUGAUACAAACCCCCAAAAAAUCAAUUUUAAUUCCAGGUUGUAAGGCAACAAAAUAGGAAAAAUGCCAAGGGGGGUGAAUACUUUCGCAAGACACUGUAGUCACGACUCACCAACCCUAUUAAAAGAAACCAACAUACAGAUGGCUAUUACACUAUUAAAUAGACUAUGUAUAAUAUUAAGUACAGUAUUUAACAUAUGAAUAUUCAUUAUUUUAAUUUUGGAUGAUUGUUGAAUCCACCACAAAUUAAUGCAAAUUAAGUAAUUCAAGGCACUAUCUCUCAUUUAUCAUUUAAUAGUUUUCGGUUCGGCUGAACAUAUUAACAUGAAUAACAAUUCAUUCAUUCAUUAAUAUCAAUAUUAAUAUAUUAAGAGACUCUAUGUAGAGUUUUGAAUGAGUGUGUUCUUUGUGAGGCUGGAAAGGCAUGGGGCACAAGGCAGACAGAGGUUAUGAGUGCAAGACAGCAACUCAAAUUGGAUUUUUGUGUCAGUUUGAGUAAAAUAGGUCAGGAUUCAGAGCUCUUAUCAUUCUGCCCAUGUAAUGGCUGACGGCCGGGGAAAGACGACUGAUAGCCUUGAAUGAACCCAGCCUCUCUGUCUUUCUCCCCCUCUCUCUCUCUAUCUCUUUUGCUCCCACUCUCUCACACUCAAUCUUUCCCCCUCUCUUCCCUCUCUCACACUCUCUCUCCUCUAUCUGUCUUUCUCCCUCUGUCUCUCUCACUCGCUCUUUCCCUCUCUCUUUCUCUCUCUCUCACUCUCUUUCUGGACUGCCCCUUCUCACUCUACUUCUGUAGCCGGAAGGCUCUGAAAAAAAGUUAGAAUGUCAGUUUCCCAGUUCCCUCACUAAAUUGCUCAUUAAUACAAAGUGGAAAUAUGGUUACAUAAACCUGAAUGUCUGGGAAACAAGCCCAUAAAGAUGCAUUCUAAUCUACAUAUCUCCUCUAUCUCCCUCCACUCAUCUCUCUUCUCUGUUUCUCUUAUUUGUCCAUCUUCCUCUCCUUCUCUCCCGCUCCUUCUCUCCUCUCCACCUCUCCUCCAAUGUGAUAGACUGUUACUAACCCACCUUAAGUCUGACUUCAUUUAAUCCUUGAUACUGUUAGCCAUAUACUCAGUCUAUGAUGACGGCCGUGGUGGUCGAUCUGUGGAUUUAAUGGACGCAUUCAUCUCUCUCUCUAAUGGUGUUGUUGAGUGGAAGGUGGCCACCAUAAGACGACACACUAAAAGAUGAGUUACAUCGACAAAGGGAUGGAAUGAGAGAAUGGCAAAGUAAAGGAGGGAGCUAGGACGCUGAGGAGGAGGAGGAGGAGGAGGAGGAGAGUAACAUUAAAAGAGGAGGAGGAGAAAGAGGAAGAUUCUAGUAUGAUGGUGGCAUGAUUUGAAAAAGGAAUUAAAAGCAUUUUUCAUAUAUGUUUUGUUAAGUUGUUAAGAGGAGUAUAGAGUAUAUAGUGAGAUGGAGGACAGAACCAUAGAGUAUAUAGUGAGAUGGAGUACAGAACCAUGUAGUGAGUUACACAACAGGUGGGUCUAAUCCUGAAUGCUGAUUGGUUUAAACCGCAUUCCAGCUGGUAUCUAUUCCACAACUUACCACCGGCCCAAUCUAUGACAUUCAAAUGCGUAUUUACUCUGUUCAAUCUGACUGCGCAAUCCACUGUCUCAUCAGCCCAGCCAAGCAAUUUAUAAACUUGAUCUCCACUAUAAAAAGCAUCAAGACAUUAUCUCACAUUUCUUUUAGACUAACAUUUAGUUUUCAACAGCAGAGAUUUGUAUAAACCUUGCUGUCUGUCUCUCUGACAUUUGCAACAUUGUUUCAAUAUUCACAUUCGAUCUCCAGCUGUCCCAUAGUAAUGAACGUGUCGGGAGUCGGGACGAGGAUCUACCCCCAAGCCAUAAGACUCCUGAACAGCUAAUCAUGGCUACCCGGACUAUUUGCACUGCCCCCCCACCCCCACCCCCACCCCAUCUUUUUACGCUGCUGCUACUCUGUUAAUUAUUUAUGCAUAGUCACUUUAACUCUACCCACAUGUACAUAUUACCUCAACUACCUCAACUAGCCGGUGCCCCGCACAUUGACUCUGCACCGGUACCCCCCUGUAUAUAUAGCCUCCCUACUGUUAUUUUAUUUAACUUCUGCUCUUUUUUCUCAACACUUUUUUUGUUGUUGUUUUAUUUUACUUUUUUAUUAAAAAAUAAAUGCAUUGUUGGUUAAGGGCUGUAGGUAAGCAUUUCACUGUAAUGUCUACACCUGUUGUAUUCGGCGCAUGUGGCCAAUACAAUUUGAUUCGAUUUGAUUUGACAGGCAGGCAGGCAGGCAGUUUCUUAGCCAGUCGAUAUCAUGAAUCAGCUGGCAUCAUUUUUAUGGAUAUACAGUGAGGGAAAAAAGUAUUUGAUCCCCUGCUGAUUUUGUACGUUUGCCCACUGACAAAGAAAUGAUCCGUUUAUAAUUUUAAUGGUAGGUUUAUUUGAACAGUGAGAGACAGAAUUACAACAAAAAAAUCCAGAAAAACGCAUGUCAAAAAUGUUAUAAAUUAAUUUGCAUUUAAUGAGGGAAAUAAGUAUUUGACCCCCUCUCAAUCAGAAAGAUUUCUGGCUCCCAGGUGUCUUUUACACAGGUAACGAGCUGAGAUUAGGAGCACACUCUUAAAGGGAAUGCUCCUAAUCUCAGCUUGUUACCUGUAUAAAAGACACCUGUCCACAGAAGCAAUCAAUCAAUCAGAUUCCAAACUCUCCACCAUGGCCAAGACCAAAGAGCUCUCCAAGGAUGUCAGGGAUAAGAUUGUUGACCUACACAAGGCUGGAAUGGGCUACAAGACCAUCGCCAAGCAGCUUGGUGAGAAGGUGACAACAGUUGGUGCAAUUAUUCGCAAAUGGAAGAAACACAAAAUAACUGUCAAUCUCCCUCGGCCUGGGGCUCCAUGCAAGAUCUCACCUAGUGUAGUUGCAAUGAUCAUGAGAACGGUGAGGAAUCAGCCCAGAACUACACGGGAGGAUCUUGUCAAUGAUCUCAAGGCAGCUGGGACCAUAGUCACCAAGAAAACAAUUGGUAACACACUACGCUGUGAAGUACUGAAAUCCUGCAGCGCCCGCAAGGUCCCCCUGCUCAAGAAAGCACAUAUACAGGCCCGUCUGAAGUUUGCCAAUGAACAUCUGAAAGAUUCAGAGGAGAACUGGGUGAAAGUGUUGUGAUCAGAUGAGACCAAAAUCAAGCUCUUUGGCAUCAACUCAACUCGCCGUGUUUGGAGGAGGAGGAAUGCUGCCUAUGACCCCAAGUACACCAUCCCCACCGUUAAAAAUGGAGGUGGAAACAUUAUGCUUUGGGGGUGUUUUUCUGCUAAGGGGACAGGACAACUUCACCGCAUCAAAGGGACGAUGGACGGGGCCAUGUACCGUCAAAUCUUGGGUGAGAACCUCCUUCCCUCAGCCAGGGCAUUGCAAAUGGGUCGUGGAUGGGUAUUCCAGCAUGACAAUGACCCAAAACACACGGCCAAGGCAACAAAGGAGUGGCUCAAGAAGAAGCACAUUAAGGUCCUGGAGUGUCCUAGCCAGUCUCCAGACCUUAAUCCCAUAGAAAAUCUGUGGAGGGAGCUGAAGGUUCGAGUUGCCAAAUGUCAGGCUUGAAACCUUUAUGACUUGGAGAAGAUCUGCAAAGAGGAGUGGGACAAAAUCCCUCGUGAGAUGUGUGGAAACCUGGUGGACAACUACAAGAAACUUCUGACCUCUGUGAUUGCCAACAAGGGUUUUGCCACCAAGUACUAAGUCAUGUUUUGCAGAGGGGUCAAAUACUUAUUUCCCUCGUUAAAAUGCAAAUCAAUUUAUAAUAUUUUUGACAUGCAUUUUUCUGGAUUUUUUUGUUGUUAUUCUGUCUCUCACUGUUCAAAUAAACCUACCAUUAAAAUUAUAGACUGAUCAUGUCUUUGUCAGUGGGCAAACGUACAAAAUCAGCAGGGGAUCAAAUACUUUUUUCCCUCACUGUAUACAAAGAAAUGUCAGUUGAAAAAAGGUACAAUGAAACGAAGUGCAGCUAGUUUGCAGUCUUUCCAGCUUCAGUUUGAAGUGAAUGUGUUAGGUGUGUUGUUGGCUAGCUCCUUUCUGAACAACAGUGUCCUGACGAGUGAGCACAUUUUCUAUGCCAAGCGAAAUCGCACCUCAUUAGCUCAUUGUUAUGGAUGUAUCCAAAUAAAUGUCACUAGAAAGCAACUUAAACAAAUGCAAAUGAAGCUACUUUGCUGUUAUUCUGGCUGCACUUUUUGAUGUGACUGUAAGUUAGUCGUAGUUGGCUAGCAAGCAAGGGAUAAGAACGUUGCCAGCCAGUAUGGCAAUGGAACAUUUAGAACGAAUGACUGAUACAUACAGUUGAAGUCGGAAGUUUACAUACACUUAGGUUGGAGUCAUUAAAACUUGUUUUUCAACCACUCCACAAAUGUCUUGUUAACAAACUAUAGUUUUGGCAAGUCGGUUAGGACAUCUACUUUGUGCAUGACACAAGUCAUUUUUCCAACAAUUGUUUACAGACAGAUUAUUUCACUUAUAAUUCACUGUAUCACAAUUCCAGUGGGUCAGAAGUUUACAUACACUAAGUUGACUGUGCCUUUAAACAGCUUGGAAAAUUCCAGAAAAUUAUGUCAUGGCUUUAGAAGCUUCUGAUAGGCUAAUUGACAUCAUUUGAGUCAAUUGGAGGUGUACCUGUGGAUGUAUUUCAAGGCCUACCUUAAUACUCAGUGCCUCUUUGCUUGACAUCAUGGGAAAAUCAAAAGAAAUCAGCCAAGAACUCAGAAAUAAAUUGUAGACCUCCACAAGUCUGGUUCAUCCUUGGGAGCAAUUUCCAACCGCCUAAAGGUACCACAUUCUUCUGUACAAACAACAGUACGCAAGUAUAAACACCAUGGGACCACGCAGCCGUCAUAACGCUCAGGAAGGAGACACGUUCUGUCUCCUAGAGAUGAACGUACUUUGGUGCGAAAAGUGCAAAUCAAUCCCAGAACAACAGCAAAGGACCUUGUGAAGAUGCUGGAGGAAACAGGUACAAAAGUAUCUAUAUCCACAGUAAAACAAGUCCUAUAUCGACAUAACCUGAAAGGCCGCUCAGCAAGGAAGAAGCCAUUGUUCCCAAACCGCCAUAAAAAAAGCCAGAUUACGGUUUGCAACUGCACAUGGGGACAAAGAUCGUACUUUUUGGAGAAAUGUCCUCUGGUCUGAUGAAACAAAAAUAGAACUGUUUGGCCAUAAUGACCAUCGUUAUGUUUGGAGGAAAAAGGGGUACGCUCGCAAGCCGAAGAACACCAUCCCAACCAUGAAGCAUGCAUCAUGCUGUGGGGGUGCUUUGCUGCAGGAGGGACUGGAGCACUUCACAAAAUAGAUGGAAUCAUGAGGAAGGAAAAUGAUGUGGAUAUAUUGAAGCAACAUCUCAAGACAUCAGUCAGGAAGUUAAAGCUUGGUCGCAAAUGGGUCUUCCAAAUGGACAAUGACCCCAAGCAUACUACCAAAGUUGUGGCAAAAUGGCUUAAGGACAACAAAGUCAAGGUAUUGGAGUGGCCAUCACAAAGCCCUGACCUCAAUCCUAUAGAAAAUGUGUGGGCAGAACUGAAAAAGCGUGUGCGAGCAAGGAGGCCUACAAACCUGACUCAGUUAUACCAGCUCUGUCAGGAGAAAUGGGCCAAAAUUCACCCAAUUUAUUGACCCAAGUUAAACAAUUUAAAGGCAAUGCUACCAAAUACUAAUUGAGUGUAUGUAAACUUCUGACCCACUGGUAAUGUGAUGAAAGAAAUAAAAGCUGAAAGAAAUAAUUCUCUCUACUAUUAUUCUGACAUUUCACAUUCUUAAAAUAAAGUGGUGAUCCUAACUGACCUAAAACAGGGAAUUUUUACUAGGAUUAAAUGUCAGGAAUUGUGAAAAACUGAGUUUUAGAUUUAUUUGGCUAAGGUGUAUGUGAACUUACGAUUUCAACUGUAGAUACAGAACAAAAAGACUGAAUGGCUGGGUCGCGUCUCUGGCAACCGAACCCAUAGAACGAACGACCAGCUGGCUUGGGUAGCAACCCUAGAUUUGUGUCGGGACUAUAUCUUGUGGAAGGAUGAAAUAGACCGAAUAAAUUCAUCAAAAUAACGUUUUUAAUGAAAAUAUGUCAAUCAUUAUUUGAAUAUGUUGGUAACCCGUUGUAUAAAAGUGAUAAUGCCCUCGUAGCCGGUGUUUGGAGGAUAUAUCUACAUUGUCUCAGGCCUAACAACACCCGUGCCAAUAUAUCCUCCAAACACCGGCUUCUCGGGAAUUAUCACUUAAAUAGAGGACAGAACUAUUGAGUAUAAAGUGAGAUGGAGGACAGAACCAUAGAGUAUGUAGUGAGAUGGAGGACAGGACCAUAGAGUAUGUAGUGAGAUGGAGGACAGGACCAUAGAGUAUGUAGUGAGAUGGAGGACAGGACCAUAGAGUAUGUAGUGAGAUGGAGGACAGAACCAUAGAGUAUGUAGUGAGAUGGAGGACAGAACCAUAGAGUAUGUAGUGAGAUGGAGGACAGAACCAUAGAGUAUGUAGUGAGAUGGAGGACAGAACCAUAAUGUAUGUAGUGAGAUGGAGGACAGAACCAUAGAGUAUGUAGUGAGAUGGAGGACAGAACCAUAGAGUAUGUAGUGAGAUGGAGGACAGAACCAUAGAGUAUGUAGUGAGAUGGAGGACAGAACCAUAAAGGAUGUAGUGAGAUGGAGGACAUAACCAUAGAGUAUGUAGUGAGAUGGAGGACAGAACCAUAGAGUAUGUAGUGAGAUGGAGGACAGAACCAUAGAGUAUGUAGUGAGAUGGAGGACAGAACCAUAAAGUAUGUAGUGAGAUGGAGGACAGAACCAUAGAGUCCUCAAUAAAUAAAGAAGGGAUAGUGGACGAAAGAGAGAAAGGGAGCAGAGAGAUGGAAGAAGAGAGAGGAUGUAAGGCUGUGAUUGCAACAUUGCUUGACAGAGCUUAGUGCAGGGCUGUCUGUGUAAUGCUCUCAAGAUGGAUAAAAAGAGGCGCUGCGCCUUUCCCUCAGUCCUCUGCUCUGUCACCGCGCUCACUCGCUCUCCCUCUCCUUUUUCCUCUCUCUGACUCUCCUUUUCCCUCUCUCUUCUCUGAUUCCUUCGCUCUGUCUUUCCCUGCGAUCCCUCUAUAUCUCACUCUCUCUCUCGCGCUCUUUCUCUCUACUAAUGAUGUGUUCCGCCUGCCUCUGCCUGGCUGACUAAUGCCUACUGACAGCCCCACUCAGGCGGAAAGGCUGUGACUGCCCCUACACACACACACACGCACACGCAUACGCACACAGACACACAAACAUACACACACGUUUAUCCUACAUAUUUAUGUUAAUGUGAUGCACACACAUAUUCACAUACCGAGUGCAUGUCAACUCGCUUCACCACCCAUGCAUUGGCACUGAUAGAUCUACAAUAGACAAAUCACACCCAAUCUUUCAUAUGUCACAUGUAAACAGAGAUGUAUAUAGCAGAUGACACAUGCAUACAUAUACUGUAUGUUUUCACAUACAUGAUAGCACUGGCCUAAAGGUUAAAUAAACAUACUAUAGAGCUAGUCUCAGCGCGCUGUAGAAAACCUCACAGCUUUUAGUCAGAACUCUGUCUGGUUACUCACACACACACACACACACACACACACACACACACACACACACACACACACACACACACACACACACACACACACACACACACACACACACACACACACAGUCCCAGUCCCGAGGUUAGGAAUGAGGUCAGUGAGCAAGGCUCUCACACAGGACUACACCUCUGGGUUCCCCCCAGUCCCAGUACACACCACACACACACACACGCGCGGUCCCAGGCCGCUCACGGCUUCACGCUCCCCCAGCUGAUGGUUCCAGCCCAUCCAUUAGUCAGUGUUAAGCAAGACCUCUGUGGCCUCUCUCUGCAUUUCACUGUGACUGGGUCUCUCUCUCUCUCUCUCUCUCUCUCUCUCUCUCUCUCUCUCUCUCUCUCUCUCUCUCUCUCUCUCUCUCUCUCUCUCACUCUCUCUCACUCUUUCUCACUCUCUCUCUCUAUACUGUAUAUAUACAGUGGGCUCCAAAAUUACUGGCACCCCUGACUGGCAAUGCACAAACAAUACUUUAAAAAAUAUAAACAAUAUAAUUAUAGAGAUAAACUCAAAAUACCAACAUGUGAGAAAUACUGUACUUUAUUAAUGUUUCAAUGGAACCAACCAAAAUCAUACAAUUAUUUAAUACAAAAUAAAUGUAGCCAAAAUCAAGGUUUCAUAAUUAUUGGCACCCCUCAUUUAGUACUUAGUGCAACCACCUCUGGCAAGGAUAACAGCAUGGAGUCUUUUCCUGUAAUGUUUGACAAGGUUAAGGAACACAUUUGGAGGGAUUUUGGACCAUUCCUCUAUGCAGAUCCUUUCAAGAUCCUUCACAUUCUUGGGUUUGUGCUUAUCAACUGCCCUCUUCAACUCAGCCCACAGAUUUUUGAUUGUUGGUAUUUUGAGUUUAUCUCUAUAAUUAUAUUGUUUAUAUUUUUUACAGUAUUGUUUGUGCAUUGCCAGUCAGGGGUGCCAGUAAUUUUGGACCCACUGUAUACAUACAUAUAUAUAUAAUAUAUCUGUCUCUCUCUCUGUCUCUCUGUCUCUCUCUCUCUUUCUGUCUCUCUCUCUGUCUCUCUCUCUCUCUGUCUCUCUCUCUCUCUCGGGUACUGUACUACUCUGUAGCUGUGGAAGUAGAACAGCUGUUUGUAGACUUUGUGAGCAGUAUUUGUGACGUAUAUUCAAAUGGGAAUGAAGUUGGAACUGAUUUUAUAACAGUAUAGCUAGAUUAGUUUAAUGUUUUUGUUGAAACAGAAACUAUCUUAUUUUGUAAAUGGAUGAUACAUUUCCAUGUUGUAGAAAUCAUUGGAAGUCUAUCAGUGAUACUACAGAUAUAGGAUCCUAAUUUGAUCACCCUGUUGUUGCAGGAAAUGAAGUUUGUAAUUUCCAAUUUAAAAUGUAUCAACCCCUACAAAAAUUUCCAUUAAUUAUAAUCCACACAAUAAUUAACAUUUCCUGCAGGAUUCCAGGGUUUUUCUUUAUUUUUUACUAUUUUCUACAUUGUGUAAUAAUAGUGAAGACAUCAAAACUAUGAAAUAACACAUAUGGAAUCAUGUAUUAACCAAACAUUUUUAUAUUUGAGAUUCUUCAAAUAGCCACCCUUUGCCUUGAUGACAGCUUUGCACAUGCUUGGCAUUCUCUCAACCAGCUUCAUGAGGUAGUCACCUGGAAUGCAUUUCAAUUAACAGGUGUGCCUUCUUAAAAGUUAAUUUGUGGAAUUUCUUUCCUUCUUAAUGCAUUUGAGCCAAUCAGUUGUGUUGUGACAUGGUAGGGGUGGUAUACAGAAGAUAGCCCUAUUUGGUAAAAGACCAAGUCCAUAUUAUGGCAAGAACACCUCAAAUAAGCAAAGAGAAAUGACAGUCCAUUACUUUAAGACAUGAAGGUCAGUCAAUCCGGAAAAUGUCAAGAACUUUGAACGUUUCUUCAAGUGCCGUCGCAAAAACCAUCAAGCGCUAUGAUGAAACUGGCUCUCAUGAGGACCGCCACAGGAAAGGAAGACCCAGAGUUACCUCUGCUGCAGAGGAUAAGUUCAUUAGAGUUACCAGCCUCAGAAAUUGCAGCCAAAAGAAAUGCUUCACAGAGUUCAACUAACAGACACAUCUCAACAUCAACUGUUCAGAGGAGAAUGCAUGAAUCAGGCCUUCAUAGUCGAAUUGCUGCAAAGAAACCACUACUAAAGGACACCAAUAAGAAGAAGAGACUUGCUUGGGCCAAGAAAUACGAGCAAUUGACAUUAGACCGGCGGAAAUCUGUCCUUUUUGUCUGAUGAGUCCAAAUUGGAGAUUUUUGGUUCCAAUCGCCAUGUCUUUGUGAGACGCAGAGUAGGUGAACGGAUGAUCUCCGCAUGUGUAGUUCCCACCGUGAAGCAUGGAGGAGGAGGUGUGAUGGUGUGGGGGUGCUUUUCUGGUGACACUGUCUGUGAUUUAUUUAGAAUUCAAGGCACACUUAACCAGCAUGGCUACGACAACAUUCUGCAGCGAUACGCCAUCCCAUCUGGUUUGCGCUUAGUGGGACUAUCAUUUGUUUUUCAACAGGACAAUGACCCAAAACACACCUCCAGGCUGUGUAAGGGCUAUUUGACCAAGAAGGAGAGUGAUGGAGUGCUGCAUCAGCUGACCUGGCCUCUACAAUCACCUGACCUCUACCCAAUUGAGAUGGUUUGGGAUGAGUUGGACGCAGAGUGAAGGAAAAGCAGCCAACAAGUGCUCAGCAUAUGUGGGAACUCCUUCAAGACUGUUGGAAAAGCAUUCCAGGUGAAGCUGGUUGAGAGAAUGCCAAGAGUGUGCAAAGCUGUCAUCAAGGCAAAGGGUGGCUACUUUGAAGAAUCUAAAAUCUAAAAUAUAUUUAGAUUUGUUUAACACUUUUUUGGUUACUACAUGAUUCCAUAUGUGUUAUUUCAUAGUUUUGAUGCCUUCACUAUUAUUAUACAAUGUAGAACAUAGUAAAAAUAAAGAAAAAUCCUUGAAUGAGUAGGUGUGUCCAAAUGUUUGAUUAGUACUGUAGGUCGAAUUAAGAUCCUACACCUGUAUGUCGUUUAUAUUCCUUUCUGUGAUAUUCUAAGGAAUAGGAUUAUGAGCGAUAGAACUUCUAUAGCCUUUAAUUAAGUUUAUUGUCUAGUCUGAAAAGACUUGAACAUUCAGCUAUACUCCACCCCUCUGUUACCAAUGACACCCCUUCACACAUGCAUGCACGCACACACACACACACGCACACACGCACACACACACACACACACACACACACACACACACACACACACACACACACACACACACAAGCACACAAGCACACAAGCACACACACACACACACACACACACACACACACACACACACACACACACACACACACACACACACACACACACACACACACACACACACACACACACACACACACACAUUCCAGCAUCACCAUUAGCAAUUCAUGAGGCUGGUCUCAUUAGAUGUUAAGUUUUAGCAUGGGCCUCUGAAGUAUGUGUGUGUGAGUGUGAGUGUGUGAGUGUGUGUGAUUCUCUGAAGUAUAUGGUUGGAGCAACUUAUUCAUAUUUCAUAGUCUCCCAUUGAGGAGCUAAAAAUCUAGUCGACCCGCUUCCACUACAAAGUGCUCUUCUUCUUCUUCUUCUUCUUCUUCUUCUUCUUCUUCUUCUUCUUCUUCUUCUUCUUCUUUCCCUUUCCCCCCUCUUUUCUCGUUAGACUGUAUGUCUCCUCUCCUCCAGUUCCCUCUCUCGCAUUCUCUCUCUUCAGUUCUCUCACUCCAUCUCUCUUCCAUUCUCUCUCUCCGUCCCUCUCUCACACGGUGCCCCCACUCAGACCCUAACUCAAACUGACUUCAUUGGGAUGUCUUUCUUCCAGGAACUGUGGGCACCCGUUCCCCUUCUCCCUGGAUCCUAACCAGAGAGAGAGAGGAGGAAUGGGUAGAGGUCGAGACGGAGGGGAGUAGGCGAGGAGGAGGAGAGAGAGAGGGGGUGGGUCCCAAGUGAACCUCUCCCAGUGCCAUGCUGAGGCGCGGGGUUGUGGUGGGGGUUGGGUGGUUGUUGUGUGUGUGUGUGUGUGUAUAGGGGUGGGAGACCCAGGGUUGAAGGGUUGGGGGGAGGGGGGAUGCCUGAUUGUCAGCCUGGCAGACAGGAGCUCUGCCCCUGAAACAAACCCAUGCAUGAAUAAGUCAUUAAAGGCAGUCUGUGUGUCUGAAUGAGUGGAAUGAACAGAGGACCAUCAGAUCAGACAGGGGAGGAGAGGAGAGCGGGAUGAGAGAAGGGGACCAUGGGAGGAGGGGAGAGUCUAUGAAAACGAGACAGACGCCACAUUCCCUGGCAAUGAGAAACAGACAGACGGAGAGAAAGAGCGCGAGAAAGAGAGGGAGAUCAUUUGAUUGGUUGGUACAGGGUGUGAGCAUGUGUGUUUGUGUUGUGUGUGUGUGUGUUUGUGUGUGUCUGCGUGUGCGUUUGUGUUUGUGCGUGCAUGUUUGUGUAUGGAUGGUGAUGGUGGUGUUAGGAUGAUUAGAAGACUUAAAGAGUUGGCCUAUUGUAGUCUAUGUUGUAGUCUCUAUUGUAGUCUAUUGUAGUCUCUAUUGUAAUCUCUAUUGUAGUCUAUUGUAGUCUAUUGUAGGCUCUAUUGUAGGCUCUAUUGUAGGCUAUACUGUAGUCUAUUGUAGUCUCUAUUGUAGUCUCUACUGUAGGCUAUACUGUAGUCUAUUGUAUCUCUCUUGUAGUCUAUUGAAGUCAAUUGUAGUCUCUGUUGUAGUCUCUAUCCUGUUCUUAUUGUCUUCUGCAGGAAUGCAUUUUAUGAGAUUUGAGCGUGUGCAUUUUACAUACCAAAACACAUUGUCUGCCUCCUGUUGUGAGUAUAUAAGUAAUAAGCAGUGAGAAUAAUAAUUUAAUGAGAGACAGAGAAGGAAGAGAGAGAGAGAGAGAGAGGAUGGGAACAGUUAUGUUUUCUUUCAGGCCAAUAAGGCUAAUGUGAAUGUUGAGACGUAGGAGAGGAGUUCUCUCUCUCUCUUCUUUGCAUUACAUGACCCUCUCCAUGUAACCAACCCCCCCCCCCCAUGCCUUUCCAAUCAAUUUAAUAAUCUUCUCCCUCUCUUCAUCCCCUCUCUCUCCUUCUCUCGCUCUUAUUCCUUUGUUUAUUACACCACUCAGACUCUACAAGGCAUAGUUUUCCAUGACGGAUGUGUUCUGUAUUGUGUGAGUCCUCCUCCAAAGCUCUGUCAGAGCUAGUGCACACAUUGUGAACUGAGGGGUUCAGGUUCACUCCAGGACAUGGCUAUGUGUGUGUGUGUGUGUGGUUGUAGUGUCGUCUUGAGUGCCUGGAACUGGUUGUGGUGGACUCGGCAGCCAUGUUGUUCACAAGCUGACAGAGGAACACAACACUUGCUCUUUCAAAAUACUUUUUCUUUCAGUGGCUCCCUCUCUUUCUCCUUUCACCUCAUACAUUUUCACUUCGGCAUUAUUUAUUUCAGCCUCUUUCCUUCUUGUUGUUUGUAGUUCCCCCCCCCCCCCCCCCCCCCCCCGGACAACCACGUGUCAUGCAACCAACUGCUUCUCUUUCAACAUCUUAAACCAUAACCCCCCCUCCAGCCUCUCUCUCUCUCUCUCUCUCUCUCUCUCUCUCUCUCUCUCUCUCUCUCUCUCUCUCUCAUUCUUUACUCCAUUCUCCCUCUGUCUUCUCUCCUUUCUUUCUGUCCGUCUACUAUGGUCAUGUCUCAUGGGGGAAGAGAGUUGGCAGGAAGCAGGGUUGCUACCAUGGCAACAGGAACCCUCCCUCUCCCACAGGUCUCCUUAGCAACUGGUAGCUUGGCAUUGUAGUAAUGAGCAGACCCAGCGUGCCAGGCUAACAGAGUACGAGAGGAGUGUGUGUGUGUAUGUGUGUACAGUGCCUUCAGAAAGUAUUCAUACCCCUUGACUUAUUCCACAUUUUGUUGUGUUUACAGCCUGAAUUCUAUAUGGAUUAAAUUUAGAUGUUUUGUCAUUCUCACCCAUCUACACACAAUACCCUAUAAUGACAAAGUGAAAACAUGUUUUUGAAUGUUUUGCACAUUUAUUGAAAAUAAAAUACUGAAAUAUCUUAUUUACAUAAGAAUUCACAUCCCUGAAUCAAUACAUGUUAGAAUCAACUUUGGCAGUGAUUACAGUUGUGAUUCAUUCUGGGUAAGUCUCUAAGAGGUUUGCACACCUGGAUUGUACAAUAUUGUACAAUUCGUCAAAUUGGUUGUUGAUCAUUGCUAGACAAACCUUUUCAAGUCAUGCCAUAGAUUUUCAAGCAGAUUUAAGUCAAAAUUGUAACUAGGCCACUCGGGAAAAUGCAAUGUCAUCUUGGUAAGCAACUCCAGUGUAUAUUUGGCCUUGUGUUUUAGGUUAUUGUCCUGCUGAAAGGUGAAUUUGUCUCCUAGUGUCUGUUGGAAAGCAGACUGAACCAGGUUUUCCUCUAGGAUUUUGCUAGAAUUUAUCUAGAAAAACUCCCUAGUCCUUGUUGAUGACAAGUAUACCCAUAACAUGAUGCAGCCACCAACAUGCUUGAAAAUAUGAAGAGUGGUACUCAGUGAUAUGUUUUGUUGGAUUUGCCCCAAAAUUAACGCUUUGUAUUCAUUUUGUGUUAAUUUAUUUGCCACAUUUAUUGCAGUUUUAUUGCAAACAGGAUGCAUGUUUUGGAUCCUGUUUGCAAGGUUUCCUUCUUUUCCCUCUGUCAUUUAGUUUAGUAUUGUGGAGUAACUACAAUGUUGUUGAUCCAUCCUCAGUUUUCUCCUGUCACAGCCAUUAAACUCUACAACUGUUUUAAAGUCACCAUUGGCCUCAUGGUGAAAUCCCUGAGUGGUUUCCUUCCUCUCCGGCAACUGAGUUAGUGAGGACGCCUGUAUCUUUGUAGUGACUGGGUGUAUUGAUACACCAUCCAAAGUGUAAUUAAUAACUUCACUAUGCUCAAAGGGAUAUUCAAUGUCUGCUUUUUUUAUUUUUACCCAUCUACCAAUAAGGGCCCAUCUUAGCGAGGCAUUGGAAAACCUUCCUUGUCUUUGUGGUUGAAUCUGUGUUUGAAAUUCACUGCUCAACUGAGGGACCAUACAGAUAAUUGAAUGUAUGUGGUACAGAGAUGAGGUAGUCAUAAAAAAAAUUAUGUGUAUGGUAUAGAAUUUUUCUAUAUUUGUGUGUGUGUGUGUGUGUGUUUCUGCUUGCUUUAUUAACAGUGUAUGACUAACAAAAGCAGUGUGAGAAAUAACAAAUAUCUGAGCCUCUCCAAGGUAUGAGCGUGAAUUUUCCAUUUGCAAACCAUUUUCAAGAAAGAUAACAUUUUUGACACAUUUUAAUGCAUUUCAUAGAGUUGACAGUCUGAAGAAAAACUACAUUUUAACCAUUUAGUGUUGAGGUAGAGCGGUAUUUGUAUGUGCUGAAAUAACGUAGUUCUCUCUUUCUCUGGGUGGAGUUAUCAUGUUUGAGUUUAUGAAGCAGUGUCUUUGUGUUGUGCCUCGUUGUAGAGAUCAGGUUUCUCCUCUCAGAGACACGGGGAACAAUUAGCGUGUGACAUGGUUGAUGAUUAUGUACACAUCACCCACCCAGGAUUCAGAGGGAGGGUAAAAUUAUGUGACAAUGAUAUGACAUUCUUUGGGCGUAAUGUUUUACCAAAGCCUAUUGGAAGAUGUAGCCUUCUAUCAAUUGAUUUCUUUCUAUGGGAGUGUGGUGCCUGGGAGUGUGGUGCCAGGAAAAUAACCUCUCACUCAACGUCAACAAAACAAAGGAGAUGAUCGUGGACUUCAGGAAACAGCAGAGGGUGCACCUCCCUAUCCACAUCGACAGGACCACAGUGGAGAAGGUGGAAAGCUUCAAUUUCCUUGGUGUACACAUCACUGACAAACUGAAAUGGUCCACCCACGCAGACAGUGUGGUGAAGAAGGCGCAACAGAGCCUUGACAGAGCUUGGCACCUAAAAACAGUUGAAAAACAGCUUCUAUCUCAAGGCCAUCAGAACGUUAAAUAGCCAUAACUAGCACAUUAGAGGCUACUGCUGCCUAUUGAAAUCACUGGCCACUUUAAGAAAUGGAACACUAGUCACUUUAAUAAUUUUUACAUAUCUUGCACUACUCAUCUCAUAUGUAUAUACUGUAUUAUAUUCUAUAAUAUUCUACUGUAUCUUAGUCCAUGCCGCUCUGUCAUUGCUUGUCCAUAUAUGUAUAUAUUCUUAAAUUCCAUUCCUUACUUAGAUUUGUGUGUAUUGCGUAUAUGUUGGAAAUGGUUAGAUAUUACUUGUUAGAUAUUACUGCACUGUCGGAGCUAGAAGCACAAGCAUUUCGCUACACCUGCAAAAAACAUCUGCUAAACACGUGUAUGUGACAAAUACAAUUUUAUUUUAUUUGAAUGGCAACCGUUACUAAGAUACCGUAUAAGAUGAGGGACUCCUGGAAAGGGGAAAGCAUUCUGGAGCUGUCCAUUUGGUAUUUUGUUAUUUUUAUAUUUUUGAGUCAUCUGAUUCUGAAACGUUAGCCUCAGUUUGAACAUAUAUCUGAUGGUGUAGAGUAGUGAAGUGAUGGUCUCUCCAGAGACACAGUGCCAGGUGUCUCGGUCUUUAGGUGUGAUGACGUGGCCUGUUUCUCAGCUCUCUCUCUCAGGUGUUAUGGAGCCUUGAGCUCCCAAAGGUGUCUCCUCGCUUCACCUGGACUCAGCUUUCUCUGACUGAGCCAUGAGCUCCCACUGGUGACAGAGGUGUGAGCUCCCAAAGGUGUCUCCUCUCCUCGUUCCACCUGGCAUGGUGUGAAAGCUCAGGGAGGCGCUUCGCUGUUCUCCAGGUGGGAUUGCCUACAGGUAGAUAUUAGGAGUAGUAGUGGGUGGGAAGAGGCCUGGCUGUAAACCCAUUAUUGCCACUCAGAGCCCAGAGCUGGCCGCGAUACCCUGACGACUGGGCAGCACAGUAACAGCCCAGCGCCACAGUAGCUGGAACGCAGGGAGGACUUUCCGAUCCCCUGCCCCGCUUUCAGAUGCUCCUUAAUCUGCCCAGCUCUAUUUUUAUCUUCCCUCAUCCUCCUCUCCCUCCCGCCCCUGGGCUCUCCCUCUAUAUGUCCACUCCUUUCCUCAAUGUCCAUCCCUCCAUCCGUCCCUCCUCUCUCAGAGCAGUUUUCAGGCCGGUAGCUCCAAUUAGUAGAGGGUCUGGUGGGGAUUGGGCUCGCUGUCUGCCCCUAAGAUUUACAGGCUCCCAUCCUGCUUACCUCUCCCAGAUCUCCCUCAGGUUAGCCUCUCAGUUCCCUCCCUCUCGCCCUUCCUCCCUCCCUCCCUCCCUCCCAACUCUCCUCCCUCCCCAGAGCAGUGUAGGGGGAGUGAAAGGCCUGCUGUCACCUGAGGGGCUGAGGAGCGUAGGGCUGGCAUGGCUCCAGUCCCUUUGCUGCCUACAACACUGAAGAAGACAAGAUGAUUGGGACUGUACUUCUCUCAUAGACAGACCUCACCACUACUACAUCAGCUAGAACCUUAACACUUCUGGAACAGUUACUACUUCUACUGCUGCUAUUAUUACCACUACCAUUACAUUCCUCAUCAAUCUACACAUAAUACCCCAUAAUUUGAAAAUGUAUUAAAACAGAAAUAUUACAUUUACAUAAGUAUUCAGACCCUUUGCUAUGAGACUCGAAAUUGAGCUCAGAUGCAUCCUGUUUCCAUUGAUCAUCCUUGAAAUGUUUCUACAACUUAAUUGUAGUCCACCUGUGGUAAAUUUAAUUGAUUGGACAUUAUUUGGAAAGGCACACACCUGUUUAUAUAAGGUCCCACAGUUGACAGUGCAUGUCAGAGCAAAAAACAAGCCAUGAGGUCAAAGGAAUUGUCCGUAGAGCUCUGAGACAGGUUUGUGUCGAGGCACAGAUCUGGGGAAGGGUACAAAAAUAUUUCUGCAGCAUUGAAGGUCCCCAAGAACACAGUGGCCUCCAUCAUUCUUAAAGUUUGGAACCACCAAGACUCUUCCUAGAGCUGGCCGCCCAGCCAAACUGAGCAAUCGGGGGAGAAGGGCCUUGGUCAGGGAAGUGAACAAGAACCCGAUGGUCACUCUGACAGAGCUCCAGAGUUCCUCUGUGGAGAUGGGAGAACCUUCCAGAGGGACAACUAUUUCUGCAGCACUCCACCAAUCAGGCCUUUAUGGUGGAGUGGCCAGACGGAAGCCACUCCUCAGCCAAAAGGCACCUAAAGGACUCUGUCUAUGUGAAACAAGAUUAUCUGGUCUGAUGAAACCAAGAUUGAACUCUUUGGCCUGAUUGCCAAGCGUCAACGGUGAAGCAUGGUUGUGGCAGCAUAAUGCUGUGGGGAUGUUUUUCAGCGGCAGGAACUGGGAGACAUGUCAGGAUCGAGGGAAAGAUUAACGGAUAAAAGUACAGAGAGAUCCUUGAUGAAAACCUACUUCAGAGUGCUCAGGACCUCAGACAGGGGCUAAGGUUCACCUUCCAACAAGACAACGACCCUAAGCACACAGCCAAGACAACGCAGUGGCCCAGCCAGAGUCUGGACUUGAACCCGAUUUAACAUCUCUGGAGAGACCUGAAAAUAGCUGUGCAGCGUCGCUCCCCAUCCAACCUGACAGAGCUUGAGAGGAUCUGCAGAGAAGAAUGGGAGAAACUCCCCAAAUACAGGUGUGCCAAGCUUGUAGCGUCAUACCCAAGAAGACUUGAGUCUGUAAUCGCUGCCAAAGAUGCUUCAACAAAGUACUGAGUAAAGGUUCUGAAUACUUAAGUGAUUUCAGUUUAAAAAUAUAUAUAUUUUAAUGUCUAAAAACAGUUUUUGCUUUGUCAUUAUGCUGUAUUUUGUGUAGAUUGAUGAGGGAAAAAAAUUAACAUUUUAAUCCAUUUCAGAAUAAGGCUGUAACGUAACAAAAUGUGGAAAAAGUCAAGGGAUCGGAAUACUUUCCGAAUGCACUGUAUAUGAUAUAUACGGUCCUCUGUAGCUCAGCUGGUAGAGCAUGGCGCUUGUAACGCCAAGGUAGUGGGUUCGAUCCCCGGGACCACCCAUACACAAACAAUGUAUGCACGCAUGACUGUAAGUCGCUUUGGAUAAAAGCGUCUGCUAAAUGGCAUAUUAUAUUAUAUUAUUAUAUAGGCACAUUACGCACGACAAAAAAACAUAAAAGCCCGUAGAUGUAGCUAGCUAUAUGCGCUCUUGGGUAAAUAAAUGAAAAUAGCCUGUAUUAUAUGGACUGGAAUUACGCACAUCAUUUAAACCAUGAUAAAGCAGAAAAUAACAUGCGUUCUACAAAGUUACAAGUAUAGGCUAGCGAAUAUGAUUACAAUUUUGAAAUAUCAUUGGGCCUAUUUGUAUACAUAGUUGGUAGGCUGAUGCAUACAGUACCAGUCAAAAGUUUGGACACCUACUCAUUCCAGGGUUUUACUUUAUUUUUACUAUUUUGUACAUCGUAGAAUAAUAGUGAAGACAUGACAAACUAUGAAAUAACACAUAUGGAAUCAUGUAGUAACCAAAAAAGUGUUAAACAAAUAAAAAUAUAUUUUAUAUAUGAUAUUCUUUAAAGUAGCCACCCUUUGCCUUAAUGACAGCUUUGCACACUCUUGGCAUUCUCUCAACCAGCUUCAUGAGGUAGUCACCUGGAAUGCAUUUCAAUUCACAGGUGUGCCUUAUUAAAAGUUAAUUUGUGGAAUUUCUUUCCUUCUCAGUUGUGUUGUGACAAGGUAGGGGUGGUAUACAGAAGGUAGCCCUAUUUGAUAAAAGACCAAGUCCAUAUUAUGGCAAGAACACCUCAAAUAAGCAAAGAGAAACGACAGUCCAUCAUUACUUUAAGACAUAAAGGUCAGUCAAUCCGGAAAAUGUGAAGAACUAUGAAAGUUUCUUCAAGUGCAGUUGCAAAAACCAUCAAGCGCUAUGAUGAAACUGGCUCUCAUGAGGACCGCCACAGGAAAGGAAGACCCAGAGUUACCUCUGCUGUAGAGGAUAAGUUCAUUAGAGUUACCAGCCUCUGAAAUUGCAGCCCAAAUAAAUGCUUCACAGAAUUUAAGUAACAGACACAUCUCAACAUCAACUGUUCAGAGGAGACUGCGUGAAUCAGGCCUUCAUGGACAAAUUGCUGCAAAGAAACCACUACUAAAGGACACGAGCCGGCCGAGGGAGCGGGAACCUGUCGAGCCUGACUGGCCGGCCGAGGCGUGGGAGCCUGAUGAGCCGGCUGAGGCACCCCCGGUUCCUUCGUCCGCUGCUCCCGGACCCGACUUCACCAACCCCAACCAAAAAAAAAGUCCUGAUGCUUCCAAUAUUGGUGUCUGUGACGAUCUUGGUUCGAUAGAUGCUGGGAGACGGGAAGCAAGUACAGGGUGAUAAUUUAAUAAAUAAAAGACAUGGAACAAAACACGGACAGCGUCUGGACAGGGGAAACGAAACAACAUCAAUGCAGACACAGGGAUCAAACUGGGGAACAGACAGAUAUAGAAGGGGCAAUCAACAAAGUGAAGGAGUCCAGGUGAGUCCAAUGAGCGCGGAUGCGCGUAAUGAUGGUAACAGGUGUGCGUAAUGAUGGGCAGCCUGGAACCCUCGAGCGCCAGGGAGGGGGAGCGGAUGCAGGCGUGAAAGACCUCAACCUAAUUUAAAUGGUUUGGGAUGAGUUAGACCGCAGAGUGAAGGAAAAGCAGCCAACAAGUGCUCAGCAUAUGUGGGAACUCCUUCAAGACUGUUGGAAAAGCAUUCCAGGUGAAGCUGGUUGAGAGAAUGCCAAGAGUGUGCAAAUCUGUCAUCAAGGCCAAGGGUGGCUACUUUGAAGAAUCUAAAAUCUAAAAUAUAUUUUGAUUUAUUUAACACUUUUUUGGUUACUACAUGAUUCCAUAUGUGUUAUUUCAUAGUUUUGAUGUCUUCACUAUUAUUCUACAAUGUAGAAUAUAGUAAAAAUAAAGAAAAACCCUUGAAUGAGUAGGUGUGUCCAAACCUUUGACUGGUACUGUAUAUACCUUUCAUAAUAUUUCCCCUAAUGCUAUUAGCCUACCUCCUCUUUCUCUAUUGUUGCUUCAUUCCUCCCUCGCUUUCAACAGUUAAAUGAAAUAAGUUUUGUUGUCCUUAUCUUCAUCAUUCUAAUGACAUCCUUAAAUAAUAUAGGACUAGAAUUAGAUGCAGAAGGCUUUCUUUUCUUUUCUCUUCACGAAUAUUGAAUGGUUAUGGGUCUGAAUAAAUAACUGCUAUAGCCUACCACCAUCGCAAGUUCUCUCUUCUUUCUUACCUGUGAGUUCUAUUGGCUGCUGUAUUUAACAUUCAGCAAAAAAAAAAGCUUGCUUCCCUCUUCGAAUUGUCUAUUGCUAUAAGAAAUGCUAAGAAAAUAAUAUCCAGCAAGCUAUUCUAGUCUAGCUUUUCCUGCAUGGGACUCCAAGAGCUAAGGAGCAUUUUUUAAGGAGAGGCCAGCGGAGCACAGGUGCUUGCGUAUUGCGCAAGAGACAGAGUCUGUAAGUAUGAAGCUUAUUAUGCAUAACCCAUCAUGAAUUAGCUAAAUAUAAGGCUAAUACUGCAUUGAAUGUAUUACCUGAAAGAGGUAGGCUAGGACAUCUAUAUUUAGGGCUAUAUCAAUCUAGAACAGGAUGAUCUAUUUUGGAUGCAAUUUGAAUGGAGUUGAUGGAGAGAGAGAAAGACGAUAUUCGAGUAAUAGGCUGCUUUAAAACUGCUGCUUUACAAUUAAAAAACAAGGUGGCCCCCGAAAGCCAGAUGAGAUGGGUAAAUUAGACGUGCAUUUGGUCAUUAUAUUACUGUAGCAUAGACUAUGCUGCAGUAAAUGUAGGCCUACCUGUCACAAGGAAAAAAGUGACCAUGAUGAGAUGUGAACUGCGCUCCAUACUGAGAUGGGCUGUCUGUUCCCACCCUGAUCGUUGAUUCAUCAUGCAGAGGCCGUAGAGAAGCCCGAUUUAUACAUAACAUACAAUUUAACAGUUCCAUUUCAUGCCAUGCUGUUCAUAUAGAUACUUUAUUAUAAUUAACUGGUUUCUCACAGUUAUUUAUCUCGGGAAAAGGGAGUGGUUUUGGGCGGUAAAUCCCAGUAAAUCUAGGUAACCAGGUUCCCGCCAUUCAACCCUAACUACUACUACUGCUAUCUCUACUAUGACAGCCAGUGGCGAUUUUAGCAUGUAAAUCUUGGUGGGGCAAACCAUUUUUUGGGGGGCUGGAUGCAUGCCAGCAAAGCCACUACACAACACAACACUAAACAAUACAUUAAUUGCACUAUAACGGUGACAAACGGUGCCCACAAACUGUUAGGGCCUCUAUAAAGCUGUCCCAACAGCAGAGUCCCAACAGCAGUCCCAACACCUUACCACAGCUACACCUGGCUAUCAGCGGAGCCUUGUCUGGCAGCGAAACAGUUCAUUCAGCCUCAUUUACUGCCUUUAAAAAAAACAUAGCUGAUAUGGCUGACUUGCUUAAACAAAUGUGGUUUCUACUGACAAUUGAGAUGUACAAACUAUAGCAUAAGGGGACGACAAGCGGAUAAGAGGCAAUCCUUAAUUUCGAUUAAGACAUUAAUGAGCGAGCUAGGACGGACAUAGUCAAUAUAACUAUUUGUUCAGCACUUUUGAAAUGUACAGCGACAGAAUUCAGAACAUGAGCCUUUCUUACAGUGUUCUCCCUGUACACCAAAUCAGAACUGCAGGAUAAAUAAAGGGGACAUAUAAGCAGACAAUGAAAGCUCUUACAAUAUUCAAUGAUUACAUUUCUCUAUAACAGGUUAUAGGCUACAUGUGCACCACCAAGUCAGAACAGUAGGCGAAAUUAAGAGGGGAAAAUAGACCAAAUGAUUAGGGGCUACUAACAGCUUACUACACAACAUACACGUAGUAUUACUUUCUUAGCUACAGUAUACAUUUCUCCCUGGCAUAUUACAUAAUUUAUGCAGCAGCAUACAAUACAUUUUUGGACUCACCUUGUUGUGCUGUGCUCACUUGAACAGGAAGGUGGCGUGGCGGUCCUCCAUGGGUAAAUUUUGUCAUCAAACUUUGUCAUCAAAGUCUGGCAUUCUCUCGAUUUAUGGUGCUUUCAAGACAUCUGUUCUUCAGGUUGUAGCUCUAGAAAGCGUCCCGAGUUCCUGACUUACAAUUCCGAGUUGGAUGACCGUUCAAAGCGUAUUUUCCCAGUCGGAGCUCGUUUUUUUCCUGAGUUCCCAGUUGUCUUAAACUCACUGAGGUCAGAUUUCCCAGUUCUGAGUUAACAGUUGUUUUGAGCACGGCAGAAAUCAUGCUGGAUUGACAGCAUGGCCAAUGUUGAAUGUUUAUCAUUUUAAGCUUGGAAAAGAGAACCUUAAACUGAGAAUUGGGAACAGACCACACACCCACUCCACUGAAUAGCAGGCUAGUGAUUGCUUUGCAAUGCUUGCAUUAAGCCACUGAUUCCUUCCAAACCACUCAUUGUUGAAUUUGCGAUUUCCAACUUGUUGUGUAAUGUUUAUGUCCAAUGGCCAAUGAGCACCGAUACGUUUUAUCUAUAAUUUCUCUUCAUUAUUUCUCUUCAUAUGACAAGGAUUUGCCAGUAGAUUGUUGACUUGAUUCAUGAUAAUGACAGCUAGCUAAGAUUUUGAAAGUAUGAUGUUGACGUGAUCAGUCCAAUCAAAGCUACUGUAGAUAUAAUGUGAUUUGACGUCAUUUUAUCUGUGGCCAAUGACCUUGAGCCUUAUUGGAUGGGCACUUCUAAUGUAACUCUAUGGCAAAACCCAAGGGGCUUGAAUUUUCGAGCUCUACCCUUAGAUUUGGCGGUGACGUAGUGUCCCCAUGAGUGACAGAACACUGAGCCAAUCACGGCGCAACUAGAGAACAUUACCAACCCCUACGCUCCGUAUUUUCCGCUGGCUGCCCCACCACCACAGAAAGCACUGAGCUAGGCUGAAACACCUGCAUUUUGGACCUGCCUUAAUCAAGAAAGCAAAAAAGAGAGGCUUUAUUAACUCAAUGUUUAAAAAAAAAAUGGUAUUACAUUGUUUGCAAACUGACAUGUGACACUCCCACUCCCACCAUAACCCAUGUAUCUUUAGAACAACCUUGUAUACUGCUGCUUAUGUUGACCUAUUAUUAUUUCCCUUCAAUCUACCAGAGCAUUGUAUCGUUCUCUUCUCCCCUCCCCCAACUACACCUUCCCCUUCUCUUCUCCAUCACCUUCUCUUCCCCGUCUUACAUUAAUCCAUGAGCCUCCCAGUCCUUUAUUUCCCUUCAAAGAGACAAGCACUGCCCGUGACAUCAGUCACAGGAAGUGGGUCUUUAGCGUCGACUGAUUCCCAUCGAUCGCCUCCAGACAGGCUUAGCAGAAUAGAGGCAGGCAAGAGAAGAGGGGAGGAGAGCCAUUCCAGCACAGCACAAUCUGGCUCCUGCUCUCUCUCUCUCUCCCCGCCUACAGAAAGAAAGCCUCUCUCUCCACAAUGAACACAUGCAGCCGUCAGCAGCUUUUAUCGUCUCCCUCCAUGCCUCCACUGCUGCUUAUGAUCAAAUAAAUGCUAUGGCACGGAGUGUAGACUAGAGAGAUACUACCCAUUGACAGCACCGACCGUGCAUAAUGACACACACGCACACACAGUUUUGUAUUGCUAUCCUUGUGGGGACCAAAUCAUUUAUUCCCAUCCAAAAUCUUAUGUUCCCUAACCCCUAACCCUAAAUCUAAUCCUAACCCUAACUUCUAACCCUAAUUGUAACCCUAACCCAUAAGCCUAAAAUAGCAUGUCCCCACAAUUUUCCUUGUUUUACUAUCCUUGUGGGUACCAGAAGUCCUCACAAGGAUAGUAAAAAAAAAAAACACACACACAUUGACAGGGCAGACUGUGCAUAAUGACGGUUAAUAAUGGUUGGAGCAUGAAUAAAUAAUGGUUGGAGCAUGGUGUAAAAUCAACCGCUUUUCUCUAGUCCUACUAUAAUGCUCUGAAGAACGCUCCUUUAGAACAAUCCCCCGGAACACUCAGGGAUAGUAUGGACUGUCCGUAUUCCAUCUAAACCACAUCUAAUAGAACACCGUCCACAUGCACAGUAUGUAAAACGGAAUGCUCUGAAUUCUAGAACACUUCGGAAUGCGUAGCGUUAAAAUGUGAAAGCAACAGAAAAAAAUGGAAUAAAGUUCCAGUGAAUUCUCUAAAGAACCUCCCUGUUCCACAGAGUUCUCCACUGAGGAUAGUGUGGUAAAAUAUAGAAUAUAAAAACGUCCAGUCGGUGAGAUGCAGAGGCAACAACCUGUUCCACACGUUUUCAGACCUGUGACAGGGAGAGUAAAUCAACAUGGCUUCCUUGUGGUUUUCAGUUCAGCCUACAGUACAGUACUCUCUGAUGAUUAGCUAGUUCCUCUGUGCCAAAUGUUUAUAGCUAGUACCAAAAUCAAGCAAAUGCAGGGUAUAUAAACCAAGGAGAAAACCAGCAAACUAGAUGCUCCCAGAUGUUUAAAGAAGUGCCCAUAGAUAGUGGUCCAAACGAUGCUUGAUUAAAAAUGGAUUCCCUGUAUAUCAACAGCUCUUCAAAACACAAUAUACUGUACGAGCUGUCUUUCUUGUACAUAAUGAUCUUAGAGUGAUGUACGUCCCAAUCAAACCUUAUUAUUGGAAGGUACUGUCCGUAUGCCAAAGGGACUAUCUGUCUGAUUGGGAUCAGUCUGUCUGCGGUGAAACUGUGUCAGCCUCCUUGACCCGGCAUUAAGGAGACUCUUCAUCAAGGCUUCUUAAGACCUUAUUGUGGCAUCAGGAUCAAUGUCCAAUAAAUAGGAUUGAGCUGAUUGGCCAGAGAUCACUGGUGUCUCACGGCAUUGCAUUCUCUUCACAAACAACUGUAGUCUGGUCAGUGACCAUACAGUUAAAGUUGGCAAGACAGCACAAACAGAUCUGGGACCAGGCUAGAACAACUGUUAUAUGUUUCUGUAGUUGAUUCCCCACCAGGAUCAGGACUGAUAACAUAGAGACAUGGUACAUCUGUUAAGAUAUGGCUGCAUACUGAUUUGAAACUGGCAGUUGUGUAACGCUAGCAGUGAAAAACAUGUUUUCCUCAGAGAAGAGGUAUCAACAGGGACCUCGUGACGUGGAUAGGUCAAGCUGUCCAUAUGUCCAGCCAGGCCAGUCAAGCAACCUGCGCUUGUUUUUUGUUCCCAGCGGUUUACCAAUAAAACCGUCCCACAAUUUCUGCCACAUAUCAUCGUCAUAGUCACUGUUUCCACUCAAAAUCGUCAUGAUCCUACUGAUCGACCAAUCCGUGUCCUGUCGCUGCGGUGUUGGGGUGAGCCCCAGCUAAGGAGUAGCCCAGAUUAAAGCAGGAUUAGCCUGGGAUUGUCCUGGAUUACCCAGGCUGGAGAGGGAUUAGGUAUGACUGCCAGUUUUAGGGAGGGGUGGGGAGAACUGUGUGUAUUGAGGGAGAGUGUGUGUGUAGAGCGAGAGAAAGAAAGAGGGAUGGAGAGAGAGAGCACGAGCGAAAUAGAGAGAGAGAGCGAGAGAGAGAGCCGGCCGAGCGUGGUGAGUCUGGGUCAAACUCAGUUUCUAUUUAUACUCCAGACUACACGAGCUGCAGCAGUGCUAACCUGGAAACACACACAUACACACACAAACUAGUUCUCACAGUCUCACGUCAGAAUUAGACGUUCAUCCAUGUUUCUCAAAUGUAAAAUUUCAAAGUGUUUAAGGUUAAGUUUAGGCAUUAACUCCACAUUUUUAAGGUUAGGGUGAAGUUUAGGCAUUAACUUUCAAAAUCUUAAGGUUAGGCAUUAACUCCAAAUGGUUAAGGUAAGGGUUAAGGUUUGAGAUAGGCUUAAAACAGAAAUCUCAAAAACAACUUUCUAUCGCUCGAUUAAAAAAUGCAACCAUUGGCACAAGAAGCAUCCGCCAUCCUUGUCCACAACGUCCUAGCAAAUCCGAAACCUACUUGAAGGUAACAGUGCUCACUGUUGCCCCUAGUGGCCGGUUUCCACGUCAUCUCCAGACGUCCUCAGACAUGGAUGGACGUCGAAUACUGACUUGUAUCACGGUUGACCUGGCGGAACACACAGCAGCAGUGCUAGCCUGUUAUAAAACUCACCCUGCAGAAGUAGAACUGUAGAGACCUGAAGAUGAGGUCACUCACCGUGCUAUCAGUCACACUCAAUCUCUCCCAGUGUGUGUGUGUACGUGUGUAUGUGCGUACGUGUGCUUGUGUCACACUCAAUCUCGCCCAGCCUCAGGCAAGGCCUCUCGUCUUCAUGAUAGAAUAUCUUUGUGACAAGUUAAUAUAGAGACUACUGUUAAUACAGUAUGGCAGUGAGACAUGACAAGGUGGUUGAACGCCCCUAAACUAGUUCAUUUGCAUCCUGGUUGUGCAGAAUAGUGUUAACCCCAAUGGACAACCCCAAUGUUUUUUUAUGUAUGUGAAAAUCAAACCUCCUUUUAAGUAUAAUAUAAUUUAUAUUAUUAUAUUAUAGGUUCACUAUAGGUCCCAGUAGCCUCUUGCAAGCUUAGAUAAAUGAUUCAUGUAGCGGUCAUCAGUCUGGUAAUACAAGGCUAUGGUCCCAGUACUCCUAGUAGGGUAGUAACAGUGAUAGUGGUGGUAGUAUGUUCUACCACACUUGACUUGCUAAUCAGUGAGGCUGACUGUUCCACAUAGGUAGCGAUAGUUUGCUAGGUAGUGAAGAGUGGUGAUUGAGGCUCCCUGGUGGAUAGGAACACAAAUCUGUCAGACUCAGAUAAAAACCUAUUUGGAGUAGCUGCCUUCCCUGCCUGCAGCAUCAUCAAACAGCAUCUGACUGCCACGCACGCGCGCACACAACACAACAGAGCACACGCACACACUUAAUCUCUCUCUCUCUGUCUCUCUCUACUCCCUCUCACGUUUGGUUUACUCUGUUGCCAUCGUUACGCCCAGCUGGAGCCCGCCGUCAUGUGAGGAACCUGUCAGGGCGUCUCUCUCAGAUCACCUGAUGUGGGUCAAUCUCGUGUUGGCCUCGCUCGCUACGCCAUCAUUCAAUUUGCCUUUGAUUAAGUCUGUUACUAUACUCACUACAUGUAGUGUAUACCACCACCACAUCUCUACUGCUGUGUCGUGGGUGUGUGUGUAGAAAUGCAUCUGGCUAUUGCAUCAGCGUGUGCUCAUAACUGCUCAUGUAAUUUGUCAGCUUUGCAUUUUCUGCUGAGGACCCCUCGGAGGGUGGAAAGGACAUAAAUACAUCUCUUCUCCGAUUUCCACUCCUCUGUAAAAAGACUGGAGUCAAAGCAGCAUGUUGUCAGUGGUGGAUUGGUGGAUGGGGUAAAUUUGCCUGUUAGAAGUCCCUGGGGGGGGGGGCUCUGGGGGCUCUGGGGGCUAGGAAAUUGUAGGUAGGACCCAGCAUUGAUUUGCAACCCACUUAGCUGCUGCAUUUUCCUGGAGAUGUUUUGUGAGGAUCGGCAGGACACUAUUAUCUUUUGUUCAGGUGUUUUGCAUUCAACACAAUACCAACCAACAAAGAGACGUAGCUAAUCUAUUUAGUCGGGAGGGAGUCCAAUUUCCACUGGUAGGGCCCAUAGUUUAGGGUUAGGAGGGGAACAUAUACACUGACAGACAAUAUAUUGAUUCCACAGGGAGGUGGGUGGUUAGGAGACUCUUGAAUAUAGAUUUAUAUCUCCCAUUUAAUUUGUUUCUGGGUAUUUGGUUGCUUUUCCAUGUGAAUGGGGGGAGUGGAAAUUGUGUCACCAGAGGUGACUAGAAAAUAGAUAGGUGGAUGGAUAGAUGGGUGGAGAGAAGGAGAGAAUGAGAGACUGCGUGAUUAGGAGACGUGGAGUGCCGAAGAGAGAGAGAUGAAUGGUAGAGGAGAGCAGCAAAAUUGGACAGGAGGCAGAGGAGAGAAUGAUGGAGAGAAUGAGAGAAUGAAGAUCGAGAAUGGGAUGAGAUGAGGAUACUUGUGAGCUACAUGUGAUGAGGGAAUAAAACCAGGUGGGGGAAGUAGAUUAUAGACGCGACAAUAUUAGCCUUAGUACCCUUAAGAUUGUAAUGUUAGAUCACGUGUAUGGCCAGUUCAUGCACCACAAUAGAUCAUACUUUCUUACACAAAACGUAACUAGCUAGUUACGUUAAGUUUAAAACCGCCAAACUUUGGGAAACUGGCACGCUACUCAUGUUCAUUUGCAUUGCACAGACCAAGCGUAGUAUGGUAAGAUGAGGUAGCCAGAUUUCAGACAGGACAAAAACUGCAGUUAGCUACGCUACGUUUCCUCGAAGAACAACCAAGACCACACAAGCCAUAGCGGAGCAAACAAAUUGUUUUGUUAAAAGACAGUAAGCUAGUUAUGAACCGCAUAUAGUAAAUGGUUCAACCCCAAACGCACAUGUAAACAGAACCUCAGUUGUGCACGCUAGCAUCAACUUACCAGACUCGAGUUACAGCAUCACUGUUUCAAACGCAUAGGUUCUUUCUCCUGCUGUCUUGUUAUACUUAUAAUCCAAGUUUGUGCUGACUGAUCAACAGUGUCAAGUUCACAGAAAAUCUGAAGUCGCCAUGCACAAGUAAAAAGUAGUCAGGGGGCUACACACGGUGCACCAGGGUAAAACAACAACAUCAAAAUCACUGCAUAUAUGACAUGCUGUGUUGCAGCCUGGUCUCAUCUUCUUCUUCUUCGAUGAGGUUUAACAGCGGUUGGCAUCCAAUAAAUUUUGCAUUACCGCCACCUACUAGACUGGAUUACAAAAAUAAACAAAAAAUAAAUGACCCUUCCACCCUUCUAACACUACACUCACAAAAAAGUACUAUAUAUAUAUUAAAAAAUAACACCACCCUACUCCACUAUUUAAAUAUAUUUAGUCCUACCUCAGUCCAACAACCUGAAAGGAUGGGACACCACCACUUAACACACCCUGUAACUCUUCUGAUGUCAAGUCUCACACACCCAAAUACCUCUCUGCAGCUGCCACCACAACCUCAAUUUUCUGCGACUUAUGUUCCAUCCCUGCAGUACAGUUGAUAACCAUUGCAAGAAAUGCUAAAAAUCCAAUCUUACUGAAACAUAUAUCACUUGUUGGCCUAUCCCUCUGUACUGGUAUAGAUCUACUACUCACACCACUCCUCUCAGGAUCCCUCCCCCUUGACCCAUGUUCUUCUACUUUCCUCACUGCCUCAGCAUAUGACAACUUCUGCACUACUCUAACCCUGGAAACCUCAACCUGCCUCUCUCUCACAAGACAUUUCUGAUCCCCAGCCCCAUGGGCACCCCUACAAUUAACACAUACCACUACUUUCCCCAAUGCUACACAUUCCUUUGUCUCAUGCCCUUCUGCGCACUUCUCACACCUCCCUCCUACACACUACUGCCACAUGCCCAUAAGCUUGACACCUGUAACAACGUAAUGUAUUCGGCACAAAAGCUCGUACAGGAUAACUUAUACAUCCUAACAUCACUUUGUCGGGCAAAGACUCAAAAGAACAGACAAUGACUCUUCUGUUUCACCACUCACGCCACCCUGUCUGCGUCGCACCAAACGACGAGAAUCACAAACACCGGGAAUCUUCCCCUUCAGUUGGUAAACUUUUACAUUUACCGCUACCCCAGUAAUCACUCCUUUCAAUGGCGCCCUUUUCUUGAGCGCAAAACAAUUUACAUCUCUUGACCCCAUUUAUUUAACGCGGAGCGCCUGCUCCCUCUGACGAGCAGAAACACAAACAAUUAUCACAAGACCACUUCUGGUUACCCUCACCAAUUCCACAGCACCCAACUCUGUUUUCACCCACCCUGAAACCACAAAUGGAUCAGCCAAAAGACAAGGUUCCACUUUUUCCAAAAACUUCUACUGUCACAUACUCAUCUUUAUCCUGACCCUUGGUGCAAUCCUCAGGCUCCAAGAACUUCACCACACCUACCACCGAUACUUCGCCCUAAUUCACUUCCAUUUCUCCUCCUGUCUUCAGCUCACUCUGCUUAUACUUUUGAAAGGGAUUAAAACUGAUACAAAUAGUGGAAUCAUGCCAUAUUUGGAGUAGCUAAUGCUAAACAAGGUUGGGAUGUUGACAGACCUUAGCCAUGGUAUAUUGGCCAUAUACCACACCCCCUCGGGCCUUAUUGCUUGAUUUUUAUGUUGUAUAAUAAUGUUGCAUAAUCACCUUCCGGUGUAAAAACCAUGGAAAUUAAAAACAAAAAACAAUGUUUUAAGUGAGAAUAGGCAUUGGUCUGAAGCCAAAAAAUAAAGGAAAUUCACGAGCACCACAAUGUCUAUUCCACCCAUGCUCUACCUAGGUUUUCCAGCACACAGCUUUUACCUACUACAGUAGCUACAGUGCAUUCGGAAAGUAUUCAGACCCCUUGACUUUUUCCACAUUUUGUUAUGUUACAGCCUUAUUCUAAAAUGGGUUAAAUAAAUUGUUUUCCUCAUCAAUCUACACACAAUACCCCAUAAUGACAAAGCGAAAACAGGUUUUUAGAACUUUUCGCAAAUGUAUUAAAAAUAAAAACAGAAAUAACUUAUUUACAUAAAUAUUCAGACCCUUUGCUAUGAGACUCAAAUUGAGCUCAGAUGCAUCCUGUUUCCAUUGAUCUUCCUUGAAAUGUUUCUACAACUUGAUUGAGGUCCACCUGUGGUAAAUUUAAUUGAUUGGACAUGAUUUGGAAAGGCACACACCUGUCUAUAUAAUGUCCCACAGUUGACAGUUAAUGUCAGAGCAAAAACCAAGCCAUGAGGUCGAAGGAAUUGUCCGUAGAGCUCCGAGACAGGAUUGUGUCGAGGCACAGAUCUGGGGAAGGGUACCAAAACAUUUCUGCAGCAUUGAAGGUCCCCAAGAACACAGUGGCCUCCAUCAUUCUUAAAUGGAAGAAAUUUGGAACCAGAGCUGGCUGCCCGGCCAAACUGAACAAUCGGGGAGAAGGGCCUUGGUUAGGGAGGUGACCAAGAACCCAAUGGUUGCUCAGACAGAGCUCCAGAGUACCUCUGUGGAGAUGGGAGAACCUUCCAGAAGGACAACCAUCUCUGCAGCACUCCACCAAUCAGGCCUUUAUGGUAGAGUGGCCAGACAGAAUCCACUCUUCAGUAAAAGGCACAUGACAGCCAGCUUGGAGUUUGCCAAAAGGCACUUAAAGACUCUUGAGACCAUGAGAAACAAGAUUAUCUGGUCUGAUGAAACCAAGUUUGAACUGCCAAGUGUCACGUCUGGAGGAAACCUGGCACCAUCCCUACGGUGAAGCAUGGUGGUGGCAGCAUCAUGCUGUGGGGAUGUUUUUCAGCGGCAGGGACUAGGAGACUAGUCAGGAUCGAGGGAAAGAUGAAUGGAGCAAAGUACAGAGAUAUCCUUGAUGAAAACCUGCUCCAGAGCGCUCAGGACCUUAGACUGGGGUGAAGGUUCACCUUACAACAGGACAAUGACCCUAAGCACACAGCCAAGACAAUGCAGGAGUGGCUUCGGGACAAGUCUCUGAAUGAGUGGCCCAACCACAGCCCGGACUUGAACCCGAUCGAACAUCUCUGGAGAGCUGUGCAGCGGCGCUCCCCAUCCAACCUGACAGAGCUUGAGAGGAUCUGCAGAAAAGAAUAGGAGAAACUCCCCAAAUACAGGUGUGCCAAGCUUGUAGCCUCAUACCCAAGUAGACUCAAAUCAAAUCAAAUCAAAUUUCAAAUCACAUUUUAUUUGUCACAUGCGCCGAAUACAACAUGUGUACAGUCGUGUUCAAAAGUUUUGAGAAUGACACCAGUAUUGGUCUUCACAAAGUUCGCUGUUUCAGUGUUAUGAGAUAUUUUUGUCAGAUGUUACUAUGGUAUACUGAAGUAUAAUUACAAGCAUUACAUAAGUGUCAAAGGCUUUUAUUGACAAUUACAUUACGUUUAUGCAAAGAGUCAAUAUUUGCAGUGUUGACCCUUCUUUUUCAAGACCUCUGCAAUCCGCCCUGGCAUGCUGUCAAUUAACUUCUGGGCCACAUCCUGACUGAUGGCAGCCCAUUCUUGCAUAAUCAAUGCUUGGAGUCUGUCAGAAUUUGUGGGUUUUUGUUUGUCCACCCGCCUCUUGAGGAUCGACCACAAGUUCUCAAUGGGAUUAAGGUCUGGAGAGUUUCCUGGCCAUGGACCCAAAAUGUCGAUGUUUUGUUCCCCGAGCCACUUAGUUAUCACUUUUGCCUUAUGGCAAGGUGCUCCAUCAUGCUGGAAAAGGCAUUGGUCAUCACCAAACUGUUCUUGGUUGGUUGGGAGAAGUUGCUCUCGGCGGAUGUGUUGGUACCAUUCUUUAUUCAUGGCUGUGUUCUUAGGCAAAAUUGUGAGUGAGCCCACUCCCUUGGCUGAGAAGCAACCCCACACAUGAAUGGUCUCAGGGUGCUUUACUGUUGGCAUGACACAGGACUGAUGAUAGUGCUCACCUUGUCUUCUCUGGACAAGCUUUUUUCCGGAUGCCCCAAACAAUCGGAAAGGGGAUUCAUCAGAGAAAAUGACUUUACCCCAGUCCUCAGCAGUCCAAUCCCUGUACCUUUUGCAGAAUAUCAGUCUGUCCCUGAUGUUUUUCCUGGAGAGAAGUGGCUUCUUUGCUGCCCUUCUUGACACCAGGCCAUCCUCCAAAAGUCUUUGCCUCACUGUGCGUGCAGAUGCACUCACACCUGCCUGCUGCCAUUCCUGAGCAAGCUCUGCACUGGUGGUGCCCCGAUCCCGCAGCUGAAUCAACUUUAGGAGACGGUCCUGGCGCUUGCUGGACUUUCUUGGGCGCCUUGACGCCUUCUUCACAACAAUUGAACCUCUCUCCUUGACGUUCUUGAUGAGCCGAUAAAUGGUUGAUUUAGGUGCAAUCUUACUAGCAGCAAUAUCCUUGCCUGUGAAGCCCUUUUUGUGCAAAGCAAUGGUGACGGCACGUGUUUCCUUGCAGGUAACCAUGGUUAACAGAGGAAGAACAAAUAUUUCAAGCACCACCCUCCUUUUAAAGCUUCCAGUCUGUUUUUCUAAUUCAAUCAGCAUGACAGAGUGAUCUCCAGCCUUGUCCUCGUCAACACUCUCACCUGUGUUAACGAGUGAAUCACUGACAGCUGGUCCUUUUGUGGCAGGGCUGAAAUGCAGUGGAAAUGUUUUUGGGAUUAAGUUCAUUUUCAUGGCAAAGAGGGACUUUGCAAUUAAUUGCAAUUCAUCUGAUCACUCUUCAUGACAUUCUAGAGUAUAUGCAAAUUGCCAUCAUAAAAACUGAGACAGCAGACUUUGUGAAAAUUAAUAUUUGUGUCAUUCUCAAAACUUUUGACCACGACUGUAGACCUUACAGUGAAAUGCUUACUUACCCUAAAAAAUAAAUAAAUAAAAGUAACAAAUAAUUAAAGAGCAGCAGUAAAAUAACAAUAGUAAAAUAACAAUAGCGAGGCUAUAUACAGGGGGUCAAUGUGCGGGGGCACCGGUUAGUCGAGGUAAUUGAGGUAAUAUGUACAUGUAGGUAGAGUUAUUAAAGUGACUAUGCAAAUAGAAAAUGAACAGAGAGUAGCAGCACUAACUAACUGUAAGUCGCUCUGGAUAAGAGCGUCUGCUAAAUGACUAAAAUGUAAAUGUAAAAUGUUUUUAGUCCCAGGGUCCUUAGCUUGGUGAUGAGCUUUGAGGGCACAAUGGUGCUGAACGCUGAGCUGUAGUCAAUGAAUAGCAUUCUCACAUAGGUGUUCCUUUUGUCCAGGUGUGAAAGGGCAGUGUGGAGUGCAAUAGAGAUUGCAUCAUCUGUGGAUCUGUUGGGGCGGUAUGCAAAUUGGAGUGGGUCUAGGGUUUCUGGGAUAAUGAUGUUGAUGUGAACCAAGACCAGCCUUUCAAAGCACUUCAUGGCUACAGACGUGAGAGCUACGGGUCGGUCGUCAUUUAGGCAGGCUACCUUAGUGUUCUUGGGCACAGGGACUAUGGUGUUCUGCUUGAAACAUGUUGGUAUUACAGACUCAGACAGGGAGAGGUUGAAAAUGUCAGUGAAGACACUUGCCAGUUGGUCAGCGCAUGCUCUGUGUACACAUCCUGGUAAUCCGUCUGGCCCUGCAGCCUUGUGAAUGUUGACCUGUUUAAAGGUCUUACUCAUAUCGGCUACAGAGAGUGUGAUCACACAGUCAUCUGUAACAGCUGAUGCUCUCAUGCAUGUUUCAGUGUUACUUGCCUCGAAGCGAGCAUAGAAGUAAUUUAGCUUGUCUGGUAGGCUCGUUUCACUGGGCAGCUUGCGGCUGUGCUUCCCUUUGGAGUCUGUAAUAGUUUGCAAGCCCUGCCACAUCCGACGAGCAUCGGAGCCAGUGUAGUACGAUUCGAUCUUAGUCCUGUAUUGACGCUUUGCCUGUUUAAUGGUUCGUCGGAGGGCAUAGCAGGAUUUCUUAUAAGCUUUCGGGUUAGAGUCCCGCUCCUUGAAAGCGGCAGCUCUACCCUUUAGCUCAGUGCGGAUGUUGCCUGUAAUCCAUGGCUUCUGGUUGGGGUAUGUACGUACUGUCACUGUGGGGACGACGUCAUCGAUGCACUUAUUGAUGAAGCCAGUGACUGAUGUGGUGUACUCCUCAAUGCCAUUGGAAGAAUCCCGGAACAUAUUCCAGUCUGUGCUAGCAAAACAGUCCUGCAGCUUAGCAUCUGCUUCAUCUGACCAGUUUUUUAUUGACCGAGUCACUGGUGCUUCCUGCUUUAGUUUUUGCUUGUAAGCAGGAAUCAGGAGAAUAUAAUUAUGGUCAGAUUUGCCAAAUGGAGGGCGAGGGAGAGCUUUGUACGCGUCUCUGUGUGUGGAGUAAAGUUUUUUUUCCCUCUGGUUGCACAUUUAACAUCUCGAGGCUGUCAUUGCUGCCAAAGGUGCUUCAACAAAGUACUGAGUAAAGGGUCUGAAUACUUAUGUAAAUGUGAUAUUUCCGUUUUUUAUUUGUAAUACAUUUGCAAAAAUUUCUUAAAACCUAUUUUUGCUUUGUCAUUAUGGGGUAUUGUGUGUAGAUUGAUGAGGGGAAAAAACAAUUUAAUCUAUUUUAGAAUGAGGCUGUAACGUAAGAAAAUGUGGAAGAAGUCAAGAGGUCUGAAUACUUUACGAAUUCACUGUAUGUUGGUAUUGUACAUCAAACUAUGUGUAGGCAGGUUGCUUAUGAUUCACACCUUCUCAAAUUGCCUAAUUCAUACUCUUCCGAGAGAUAAUGGACUUUACAGUGUCCUGCUAUUAAAAUGAUGUAUACCGGUGUAUAUACACUAACGUUCAAAAGUUUGGGGUCACUUAGAAAUGUCCUUGUUUUCGAAAGAAAAGCAAUUUUUUUGUCCAUUAAAAUAACAUCAAAUUGAUCAGAAAUACAGUGUAGACAUUGUUAAUGUUGUAAAUGGCUAUUGUAGCUGGAAACUGCUGAUUUUUAAUGGAAUAUCUACAUAUGCGUACAGAGGCCCAUUAUCAGCAACCAUCAGUCCUGAGUUCCAAUGGCACGUUGUGUUUGCUAAUCCAAGUUUAUCAUUUUAAAAGGCUAAUUGAUCAUUAGAAAACCCUUUUGCAAUUAUGUUAGCACAGCUGAAAACUGUUGUGCUGAUUAAAGAAGCAAUAAAACUGGCAUUCUUGAGACUAGUUGAGUAUCUGGAGCAUCAGCAAUUGUGGGUUCGAAUACAUGCUCAAAAUGGCCAGAAACAAAGAACUUUCUUCUGAAACUUGUCAGUCUAUUAUUGUUCUGAGAAAUGAAAGCUAUUCCAUACGAGAAAUUGCCAAGAAACUGAAGAUCUCGUACAACGCUGUGUACUACUCCCUUCACAGAACAGCGCAAACUGGCUCUAACCAGAAUAGAAAGAGCAGUGGGAGGCCCUGGUGCAUAACUGAGCAAGAGGACAAAUACAUUAGAGUGUCUAGUUUGAGAAACAGACGCCUCACAGGUCCUCAAGUGGCAGCUUCAUUAAAUAGUACCCGCAAAACACCAGUCUCAACGUCAACAGUGAAGAGGUGACUCCAGGAUGCUGACCUUCUAGGCAGAGUUGCAAAUAAAAAUUAAAUAUUAAGAUGGGCAAAAGAACACAGACACUGGACAGAGGAAGAUUGGAAAAAAAGUGUUAUAGACAGACAAAUCGAAGUUUGAGUUGUUCGGAUCACAAAGAAGAACAUUUGUGAGACGCAGACCAAAUUAAAAGAUGCUGGAGGAGUGCUUGAUGCAAUCUGUCAAGCAUGGUGGAGGCAAUGUGAUGGUCUGGGGGUGCUUUAGUGGUGGUAAAGUGGGAGAUUUGUACAGGGUAAAAGGGAUCUUGAAGAAGGAAGGCUAUCACUCCAUUUUGCAAUGCCAUGCCAUACCCUGUGGACGGCGCUUGAUUGGAGCCAAUUUCCUCCUACAACAGGACAAUGACCCAAAGCACAGCUCCAAACUAUGCAAUAACUAUUUAGGGAAGAAUCAGUCAGCUGGUAUUCUGUCUAUAAUGGAGUGGCCAGCACAGUCACCGGAUCUCAACCCUAUUGAGCUGUUGUGGGAGCAGCUUGACCGUAUGGUACGUAAGAAGUGCCCAUCAAGCCAAUCCAACUUGUGGGAGGUACUUCAGGAAGCAUGGGGUGAAAUCGCUUCAGAUUACCUAAAAAAUUGGACAACUAGAAUGCCAAAGGUCUGCAAGGCUGUAAUUGCUGCAAAUGGACGAUUCUUUGAUGAAAGCAAAGUUUGAUGGACACAAUUAUUAUUUCUAACUUUGUCAAUGACUACAUUUCCUACUCAUUUUGCUAUAUUUCCUAUUCAAACUCAUUUCAUGUAUGUUUUCAUGGAAAAGAAGGACAUUUCUAAGUGACCCCAAACUUUUGUAUAUAAACUACCAGUCAAAAGUUUUAGAAUACCUACUCAUUCAAGGGUUUUCCUUUAUUUUUACUAUUUUCUACAUUGUAGAAUAAUAGUGAAGACAUCAAAGCUAUGAAAUAACACAUAUGGAAUCAUGUAGUAACCAAAAAAGUGUUAAAUAAAUCAAAAUAUAUUUUAUAUUUGAGAUUCUUCAAAUAGACACCCUUUGCCUUGAUGGCAGCUUUGCACACUCUUGGCAUUCUCUCAACCAGUUUCAUGAGGUAGUCACCUGGAAUGCAUUUCAAUUAACAGGUGUGCCUUCUUAAAAGUUAAUUUGUGGAAUUUCUUUCCUUCUUAAUGUGUUUGAGCCAAUCAGUUGUGUAGUGACAAGGUAGGGGGAGGGUAUACAGAAGAUGGCCAUAUUUGGUAAAAUACCAAGUCCAUAUUAUGGGAAGAACAGCUCAAAUAAGCAAAGAGAAAUGACAGUCCAUCAUUACUUUAAGACAUGAAGUUAAGUCAAUAUGGAAGGUUUCAAGAAGCUGAAGGCUCGAGUUGCCAAACGUCAGCCUCGAAACCUUAAUGACUUGGAGAAGAUCUGCAAAGAGGAGUGGGACAAAAUCCCUCCUGAGAUGUGUGCAAACCUGGUGGCCAACUACAAGAAACGUCUGACCUCUGUGAUUGCCAACAAGGGUUUUGCCACCAAGUACUAAGUCAUGUUUUGCAGAGGGGUCAAAUGCUUAUUUCCCUCAUUAAAAUGCAAAUCGAGUUAUAACAUUUUUGACAUGCGUUUUUCUGGAUUUUUCUGUUGUUAUUCUGUCUCUCACUGUUCAAAUAAAUCUACCAUUAAAAUUAUAGACUGAUCAUGUCUUUGUCAGUGGGCAAACGUACAAAAUCAGCAGGGGAUCAAAUACUUUUUUCCCUCACUGUAUUCCUAUUUUGUUGCCUUACAACCUGGAAUUAAAAUGGAUUUUUUGGGGGUUUGUAUCAUUUGAUUUACACAACAUGCCUACCACUUUGAAGAUGCAAAAUAUGUUUUAUUCUGAAACAAACAAGAAAUAAGACAAAAAAACAGAAAACUUGAGCGUGCAUAACUAUUCACCCCCCCCCCCCCCCCCCCCCCCCAAAGUCAAUACUUUGUAGAGCCACCUUUUGCAGCAAUUACAGCUGCAAGUCUCUUGGGGUAUGUCUCUAUAAGCUUGGCACAUCUAGCCACUGGGAAUUUUGCCCAUUCUUCAAGGUAAAACUGCUCCAGCUCAUUCAAGUUGGAUGGGUUUUGCUGGUGUAUAGCAAUCUUUAAGUCAUAUCACAUAUUCUCAAUUGGAUUGAGGUCUGGGCUUUGACUAGGCCAUUCCAAGACAUUUAAAUGUUUCCCCUUAAGCAUUUUACAUUUUAGUCAUUUAGCAGACACUCUUGAAUGCAUACAUGUUUUUUUGUUUUGGUUUUUUUUCAUACUGGCCCCCCGUGGGAAACGAACCCACAUCCCUGCCGGCCAAACCCUCCCCUACCUUGGACGACGCUGGACCAAUUGUGCGCCGCCCAUGGGUCUCCCGGUCGCGGCCGGCUGCGACAGAGCCUGGACUUGAACCAGGAUCUCUAGUGGCACAGCUAGCACUGUGAUGCAGUUCCUUAGACCACUGUGCCACUCGGGAGUUGCUUUAGCAGUAUGCUUAGGGUCAUUAUCCUGGUGGAAGGUGAACCUCUGUCCCAGUCUCAAAUCUCUGGAAGACUGAAACAGGUUUCACUCAAGAAUUUCCCUGUAUUUAGCGCCAUCCAUCAUUCCUUCAAUUCUGGCUAGUUUCCCAGUCCCUUCCAAUUAAAAACAUCCCCACAGCAUGAUGCUGCCACCACCAUGCUUCACUGUGGGGAUGGUGUCCUCGGGGUGAUGAGAGGUGUUGGGUUUGCGUCAGACAUAGCGUUUUCCUUGAUGGUCAAAAAGCUCAAUUUUAGUCUCAUCUGACCAGAGUACCUUCUUCCAUAUGUUUGGGGAGUCUCCCACAUGCCUUUUGGCGAACACCAAACGUGUUUGCUUAUUUUUUUUCUUUAAGCAAUGGAUUUUUUUCUGGCCACUCUUCCGUAAAGCCCAGCUCUGUGGAGUGUAUGGCUUAAAGUGGUCCUAUGGACAGAUACUCCAAUCUCCGCUGUGGAGCUUUGCAGCUCCUUCAGGGUUAUCUUUGGUUUCUUUGUUGCCUCUCUGAUUAAUGCCCUCAUUGCCUGGUCCGUGAAUUUUGGUGGGCGGCCCUCUCUUGGCAGGUUUGUUGUGGUGCCAUAUUCUUUCCAUUUUUUAAUAAUGUAUUUAACGGUGCUCCGUGGCAGGUAGCUUAGUGGGUAAGAGCAUUGUGCCAGUAACUGAAAGGUCACUGGUUCUAAUCCCCGAGCCGACGAGGUGAAAAAUCUGUCGAUGUGCCCUUAAGCAAGGCACUUAACCCUAAAUGCUCCUGUAAGUCGCUCUGGAUAAGAGUGUCGACUAAAAUGUAAAAAGGUUCUGAUCUUUUUUUAUAACCCAACUCUGAUCUGUACUUCUCCACAGCUUUGUCUCUGACCUGUUUGGAGAGCUCCUUGGUCUUCAUGGUGUCGCUUGCUUGGUGGUGCCCCUUGCUUAGUGAUGUUGCAGACUCUGGGUCCUUUCAGAACAGGUGUAAAUAUACUGAGAUCAUGUGACAGAUCAUGUGACACUUAUAUUGCACACAGGUGGACUUUAUUUAACUAAUUAUGUGACUUCUGAAGGUAAUAGGUUGCACCAGAUCUUAUGUAGGGGCUUCACAGCAAAGGGGGUGAAUACAUAUGCACGCACCACUUUUCAUUUUUUUGAAUUUUUUUAAACAAGUUUCAUUUCACUUCACCAAUUUGGACUAUUUUGUGUAUGUCCAUUACAUGAAAUUCAAAUACAAAUCCAUUUAAAUUACAGGUUGUAAUGCAACAAAAUAGGAAAAACACCAAGGGUGAUGAAUACUUUUGCAAGGCACUGCAGACACUCAGAUGAAACCCAGGGCUUAAGACAUAUAGGGUCUGUUCCAAUAUGCACACUAACAUGCCACUUGAGUUAAGAAGUGAGUAGUAUGUAGUGUGUUAGUAUUCAUAUUGGAACACAACCGUAGGGAAGCAUCAUGUCUUACUUCACAUACUGUAUCUCUUCCUAGUAGACCUAGCCCCCUAAAAAAGGUUAACCAUAGGCAGACAUAAUAUACACAGCUACAGCUAUUAUCACAGCCCAUGGUACUGGUGUUCUUACGACUGUGCUAGCAAUAGUAGAGAGCGCCUCUCGCGCGAGCAAGUCUAUCCAUAAUAGAUAGGAGAGAGUAUAGAGCCCGCAUGAGAGCUGAGAUUCAAUUCUCUCACUCUCUCAUCUCUCUCUCUCAUCUCCUCCUCUCUCUCUAUCUCUCGCGCUUCUCGCUCUCCCUCCAUCUACCUAUCUCUUUACCAUAAUAUCCAAACAGCUAUAAUCACUGCCCCUGGUACUGUUUAUAGGGUAAUGGUUUAUAAAGAGGUUAAAUAGGCUUGACUCUCUCUCUCUCUCUCUCUCUCUCCCUACCCACCUCUCUCUCUCUCUCUCUCUCUCUCUCCCUACCCACCUCUCUCUCUCUCUCUCUCUCUCUCUCUCUCUCUCUCUCUCUCUCUCUCUCCCUACCCACCUCCCUCUCUCUCUCUCUCUCUCUCUCCCCCUCCUUCUUUUCUGGCAUUCUUCCAGAUCUUCAUUCUCUCUGCCAAAUUACACCCCCCUCUCCCGUCUCUCUCUCUCUCAUUCAGCCUCCUGGCUAGAUCUCAGGGUUUCAUAUUUGGAGGCCUUGCGAUCGAUACAGUGUGUCUGUGAUUGGGUUGCCACGCGUGAUUCAUUUCUGUAACCUUGGUGAUGGUUUGAUGUGGAGGCUGAAACCCUCUCUGUAUUAUGACUCAGUGAGUGUGUGCAGACAAGAGAGGAAGGAAAAGGAGAGCAGGGGAGGGCAGGGGAGGGGAAAGGUGAUGAGAGGAGAGGAGAGUAGGGGAGAGGAGUGGGGGGAGGAGAGGAGAGGAGGGGAGGGGAGAGGUUUCGAUUGGCUGUAGCUCGGAGGCGCUUUGCUGCUCCCUGCCCUCCUUACUCUCUCCUCCAUCUUUCUCUUUUUAUCCCUCCCUCUCUCAGGUGAAAUAGUUUGGUGUUGAUUUCAAAUGAUUGUGUGUUUAAAAAAAGUGAUUAUUUGACCCUAAAUGUUCUCUUGGGUGUUUAUGUUUAUCUCCCCUCUCUUUUUCCCUCUCUCCCUGUCUCUCUCUCUCUUUCUCCCCCCCCCCCCCCCCCCUCUCUCUCUCUCUCUCUCUCUCCCUGUCUCUCUCUCUCCCUCUCCCCCUCUCUCCCUGUCUUUCCCUCUCUCUCCUUCCCAUCUAUCUCUACUCCAGAACUCCAUCCGCCACAACCUGUCCCUCCACACUCGGUUCGUCCGUGUCCAGAAUGAGGGUACAGGGAAGAGUUCCUGGUGGAUGCUGAACCCAGAGGGAGGGAAGAUGGGGAAGGGACCCCGGCGACGCGCCGCCUCCAUCGACUGCCCCAACGGCACCAAGUACCUGAAGAGUAAAGGACGGGCCAGGGGUAAGAGACCUGGAGCCGGAGUUGGCAGUGGAGUUGUUGGUCGGGGCAGGCGGCAGGGUUAUGGCCUGGGUCAGGGGGCUCGGCCGGGGAUGCAUCAGGGGUCUCCGGAGCAUGGUAGUCCUGCAGGGAAGGCUGGAGUAGGGGUGGGAGGAGAGGAGUACGAUGCCUGGACGGAUCUCCACUCCCGGACCUCAUCUUCGGCUUCGACGCUCAGUGGCUGCCUCUCUCCCAUCCUAGCCGAGGCUGAGCCAGAUGAGCCAGAGGAGGGAGGCCUAUCCUGCUCCACCUCCCCACGCCUCUAUCCCAGCCCUACCGCCACUCGUUCCCCUGCCCUGGGCACUGGGGGGCACUGCCCUGGAACCUCCAUGGAGCUACCCCAACUCACUGACCUGACUGGGGCUAUCAGCCUGGAUGAAGGCUACCCCCACCCCCAGAACCAUCCCCAGACCCAGCCUCGUAAUGGCUACCCCAGCCCCUACGGCCCCGGCCCCAAGGGGGAAGGCUCCUACUGCGGCCUCGUCUACGGGCAGCCGUCCCUGGGAAUGCUGCAGCUCCACGCCCCCAUGCCCAUGCAGACCAUCCAGGAGAACAAGCCAGCCAGCUUCCAGCGCCCUCUGAGGGCGUACUCAGAGAACAAUGCCCUGCAGAGCCUGCUGACCGGAGGGCCUGGAAGUCCUCAGUACUGCAGUAAGGACAUGGUCACACUGGGAGGGCAAGGAGGGGAGUCACACACGCUCCUGACCCAAGUAACCAAUGGGGUUCACAGCCACAAUCAGAGUCGCAGCAGCCACAAUCAUAGCCAUAGCAACCAUAAUCAUAAUAACCAUGAGCAUGGACACAAUUCAGGCCCACACAAUGGUCACAGCUCAGUUCAUGACCAGAACCCCAGUGGUCAUCAUCAGAAUGGUCUCCACAAUCACGGUCACCCCAACCUGGACUACAACCAUAGCCACAAACAACACCUCAGCCCGGCCACUGACUACAACCAGAGUCACAACCACAAACUGAACCCAAGCCAUGACCACACUCCCUGUUCCAACCAGGGUCACCUCCACGGUCACCUCCAGGGUGGACCCAGACCUCCAGCCCUCCAGGCUCUCUCUCCCAGAGUCAACACAGACAUCCUGCAGCCCUACAGCCUCAAAAACCCCACCCCAACCCCUAGCCACUAUGGCCCCCUCGCCCCCCACCUCCCCACCACCAACCCCCCGUCCCUGCCCCCCAACCCUGCCUCUGUUCUCGACAUACCCCAGGACCCCUGCCUCCGCCUGGCCUCCGCCCCGGCACCUCACCCCCACCCUCGCCAUCAGCCCUACCCCGGUACCACCUACCACCAGGGUAUAACCAUGACUGACUCCUGGCAUGGCUACUACCACCACACCCUCCACCCCACCCAGAACUACCAGGGCCACCCCCACCACAGCACUCACCACCCCAGCCGCAUGGCUCCAGACCUGGAUGUAAACAUAGACGUUCUCCCCAGCAGCCUAGACUGUGACGUGGAGUCCAUCCUCCUCAAUGACUUCAUGGAUACAGAGGGGAUGGGGAUGGACUUCAACUUUGACGGCUCCCUUUCUCAAGGAGUGGGCAUGGGCAUGAGCAUAGCGGCUUUCGCUGGAGCGCCACAGGGACAUCACAGCCAGAACUGGGUGCCUGGGUGAAGGGGAUUGGUCGGGGAAGCCCAAGGGCCAAUCAGGACACAGCAGAAAGGCUUUUACCCACAAGGCCGAGCUGCAGGGGUCAGAGGUUAGGGAUCAGGGUCGGAGCUUACCCUUGGACUGACUGACUGACUGUGAUGCUUAAUGCUCCAAGACAAAAUAACUGAAUAUGUAUUGUCGUGUUGUUUCCUGAGGGUCCCUUUAACUGUAGAAUCUGUAUGUUCUCUCAUUCUCUCUCUUCCUCUCUCUUUGUUCAUUCUCUCCCUCUCUCUUCCUCGCUCUGUGUUCUCUCUCUCAUUCCCUCUGCACUCAAGUAGUGCCACAGCACCCUCCCAGCUCUGUGCUAUCCCCCUGGUUCAUGUCCUUCAGUUUGUCUGCUAUACUGUAUCACUCCUCUCAUCUCUUGGCCAUCCAUAAGCUCUCAAGCACUUUACAUCCGUCGCUUUCAAAACAGAUGCAGUAUAACAAAGACCAGGGGAAAGUCAUAGUCUGUGUUGGCUUAAGUUGAAUUUAUGCAAACCCCUUUAUUAUCCAUCUCUUCUUAUAAAAAAGAGAGAAGCGGUAUCUUACUUGAGAACAGGAGAACAGGAUCAAACAACUGCAUAAAUAAAUAGGUUCAGCUGGUUGAGAUGCGGGUGCUUUUCAGAAUGUUUUGCAUACGGGUUGGAAGGUAGGGAGGUCAGAGGGAGGAAGAGGGUGUUGGCAUCACCAGGGUCAGUGCAAAUUCUCCUUCUUCCUCAAUAAUGGAGGGAUGAAAGUAGGCAGGGAUGGAGGAAUGGAGGGAUGGAUUGAGGAUUGGGGUCAGGAGUUCUCCUUCUCCCUGGUGGUGUCACCCACCAUAGAUGGAUGGAGGGAUGGAGGAAUAGAGGAUAAAUAGAGGAUAGAGGGAUGAUGAUAAGGGUUGUUGUGUCCCCCAGUGUGGUCCAGGAGGACAUCCAUCAGACAGCCUUCAUUACCAACUAGUUAAAUGCACCAUCUCCUCUUUAAUCUGUAGAAUAAUGCGAUGGUGAUGCAUCACUAUUGCAAAUGUAAUGUGCUUCUCCCCCCUCCCAUUCACCUCCAUCUGGACACACACACACACACACACACAAACACAAACACACACACACAUUCACCUCCGGACACACUGUGUAAAGGCUUAAUGUGUUUUGGCCAAAGUGAUGAUUAAAGUCACUGUGCACUAAAUAGCGGAGGAGGGAGAAAUGGAGGGAUGGGAGAAGGAAAGAAGAAAUGCUAAUAUUCCCUCUGUGCCUCUUCCUCUCCAUUUGGUGGAUUUAUGUAGCUUUCCCCAUAAUGAAAUAAAGAGCGAUCAGGUCCCAUCCUCCCUGCCUGCUCUGCUUCCUGAAGAGGGUUCUCAUUCAACCCCAGCCUGGCUGCUUCCUCCAGCUGACCAACCGCACAACACAACACAACAGCUUACUCAGUCUAGAGUAUGUCCUAAAUGGCGCCCUCCUAAUUUUGGACCCUAUUCCCUUUACACAGCACACAUUUUGAACAGAGCCUCUAACAACAUCAACUCAAUCAUCAGUAUUCAUGGUUAACCAUGGUUAAAUCUGAAAUGGUACCCUAUCCCCCAGUGCACUAAAACCUAAGACUCUGGCCAAAAGUAGUGCCCUAGGUUUGCCCGAAGUUACUGUUGAUGGACUUGAAGUCCUCAGUCCUUUGACCUCAGUGCAGCCCCCCUUAUGCCAUCCUCCAUUCCACCUCUCACACAGCAGUUUAAAGCCUGACAUGUUUUACACUAGUGAAUUGGCACACUGAUUAACACAGUCAGCAAGAUAACAAUUAUUUGUUGCUAUCUCCCCUUCACAGGCCAUUUCUUCCUAUCCUCCUCUCCUCUCAUCUCUCUCUCCCUCUCUCUCUCUCUCUCUCUCUCUCUCUCUCUCUCCCUCUCUCUCUCUCUCUCUCUCUCUCUCUCUCUCAAGCGCACUCUCGCUGUCUCUCUGUCUCUCUCUCUCGCUCACUCCGUCUCUCUUCCUCCUAUCACAUCCUCUCAUUCAGAGGUUAGACGCAGGGCAAACAACAAUAAUUAACUGGCUAAAGAGAUACAUUAUUUAUACUUUUUAUUUAAUCCAAGUGGUGGUGUUUUUUCAUCUCAUCUUCAUGGCACCAGGUCAUAAUUCUCUCCCUUCAGAAAGCACGAGGGAGGUUUUUUGAGUUUGAGGUUAUGUGCGUCCAGUGAGAGGGAAAAAAAACAUUGCUUGAACAUUAAGGUCCUCCUCUAGUCUGGUCCCAGAUCACAUUGUCUUAACGGUACAAAGAGCAUAGGAGUUGGCUGGCUAUAAACAAACAGAUCUGGGAUUAGUCUACACUCCUCUCUUCAGAUUCCUAUCUGUUGCCUCGGUCUGGCUUUACUUUGCUGUUAUCUGGUUUGUGGUCGUUCUGUUCUGUGAUCGUCAGUGA